AUGUCUAAUAGAAGCUCUGAACUUUAUGCAGUACGAAUCUCGACGCUCUUAACCUCAGUUCAUAAAUGUAGUGUCUCGAAAUAAAACUCGCUAAAUUUAUUUGAAUGGUUAUUUGUGUAACCCACUAUAUAGGACAGCAAGGAAGGAAUUCUAGGGAAUUAAUUCAGAUCUCUAAAUCUUAUUCAUGAACGAGAUUGUGCUCCGUCAUUCCAAAUAGCGUAUGAAGGAAGCUGAAGUCUUGCUUUACAUAUCAUCGUUAGACCUCUUGACGCAGAAAGUGCUUGGAAGGAAAUUUAUCUCGGUUUGAGUAAAGUAUGCGGGCUCUACUUUUGGAACAAAUAUUAUAUGAUAAGAAUAUCGUUUUCCUGAAGGUAACGCAGGUCCUUCGCCAAUUAACUGUCAUGCGUAUGUAUUUGCAAACGUUCUCUCAAUUAGUUACUCUGUAUGAAAAAAUAUUAGUCUAUGUUUCGAAUAUCUGUCACGGUAUCAAAUUGCAUCCUGGACUGAACUUUGGUUGAGAUAUCUGAAGUUAACUGAAUGCCAUUCCGAUUCCCUUGGACCCAAGAAGCUUCAAAAUGGAAUAUUAUUGCCAAGCUUUCUAGCAAAGAACAUAAUGACAAAUGACUUAUGUUUCCGUUUCUGAGUUUCCAUUUGAAUCUUUGAUGUUCAUACAUGCAUUAGCUGACCGGCUCCGUUACCCUCUUUUUCUCAUUCUUUUUUUUCUCAGUUAGAAGAGGAGCUGAAGGCAUGCAAAAGAGACUUAGAAGACAAGGAAAAACUAAUUUUGGAACUCACGAGGCAAGUUUAUUUUAUCACAAACAUCAGUUGGUGCCACAGCAUGGACGUAAAGUCUCUCAAGAGGUCUCAAAGAAAAGGGGCGUCGACUAUCUACACACCCAUGUCAGAUGAGGCCGUCCAUCUAAAGAGAGAUGAACUUGCAGGUCUUCAGGCCAAAGUUGGCAAUCUUUGCUCAAAAGUUUAUUUCGUUUCCAUCCGCAUUCCAGCUUCAAUUUUAGACCCUUGAUCAGGAAAACGAAAUAAAAAUGCUUGGCCUUAAGCUACACAACGCUAACAAGGAGAAGACGCGUAUCGCCGAACAAUUGGAAGUCGUAAGGAAGCAGGAUGAAACAAAGUCCAAACUUCUCGAAGAAAAGCAGUCACUGUUUUUGACAGCCGAAAAUGAGGCUCGAAAUUUCAAGACGAGGAUUGGCCAACUUACCGACGAGUUACAGGCUACGCAUAAACAAGUAGAAUGUCAAAAAACACGAAUAGAGUGAGCUCUCAUGUUUUAUUGGUAGUUUAUUUUAACCCGAUUUUUUAUUAUAUUUUUUCAGAUACUAGUUUUUUGCUAUAAAACCUCUUCAUUUUGCAUGAUGUUCCGAAUUUUACUCGAUAGAAUAUAGAGUUUGCCUUAGAGAAACAAAAUCAAUGAGAAAAAUAAACUCUGGCACAUUCGACUGCAGCUGACUUGUAAUUUGCUCAUCUAUCUGAUAUACCUGUGAAAAACGCAUUUAUCCACUGUGCGUUUACUCCACUUACUUAUUUUAGCUCCUUUGAAAUAUCUUAGGUUUUGCAUGACAGUUGUUGUGUGUACAGAAUCUUAGCCUGCAAUUGUGUUUGCUGCCGUGACAAAUAGCCUUUUGCUUAUAUUGAAUUGGAUUAUCUGCUUAUAAGAGAUCUAGAUGCUUUUUUAAGUUUAUCUUAGAUGUUAUUUUGCUUUUGAGUAAAGACGACUCGCCGUAGAGAAGGAGGAGGCAUUGUCGACGUUAAAAACAUGCGAGGAAGGCAUACAGAGCAUCGCUGAAUGGAUGUACGGCCUAGUAUACUCAACACGUAAGGUUGCCUUUGCCGACUCCGUGAGGUUUUCAUGUGAUGAUAUCGAGGAAUUGAAAGUUAAGGUAAACCAACGAUGUCAACUUACGCGUAUAAAGCAUUUUUAUAAGUUUAUUUCGUUGCUGCAUUCAGAGAGAAACAAUGGGACAGAUAUUUUAACAUGUUUUCAUAUAAGACCAAAAUUUAUAUUCUUCUCCUGCUCUAAUCCAUACAACGUCUUCGGCGAUGUCAUACAACCAAAUUUAAUCUUAGAAAAUUGUUGAAAACGAAUUAUUUCCCCAAGACAAUUUAUUUUAGAAAGCUCCAAUAACGUAUGAAAUAUUUAAGAGUUGAAAUUUAGUAGCUGGCCGGUCUCUUGAGACAAAUCAUGCGUUUAGCACGCUCCGUGACCGUUAAUUCAAAUAAAGGUUUUCCUCUGCAUGAAAGCCCUUAAAUGGCCUUAGAGUUUGGAGUUUCAUUAAAAAACCACACGGUAACCCUCCCACAACUAUCUAAAUGCACGUUCCUCUAUGCCAUAUACACUGCCUUUUUGACAAUUCAUAAUACAAAGUUACUAGGAACGUCCAAGCUCAGUCAUUGUUGUUGAGUUCCAACUAAGAAGGAACUUUUAAGCAUGCGCAAUAAAUUUGCAUUUUACAGGUAAAUAAUGCUCAUAAAUCUUUUCUGUUGCAAACGCGAAUUUUUCUAAUUAUGAUCAGAACAAUUUGGAGGAGAGGUAGAUUUUUACGUAUAAUGCUGACAUACUUGUUAUAGAUCGUUACCCCAAAAUAAUCCUUUUAAUUUACUUACUUAUCGUUAAAGAUGGUAAUUUUGGCUUCAUUUCUGCUUAAUGAACAUUUUGAGCGCUCCAUUGUCUUAACGCAUAGCAUUAAUUCAGACCUACGCUGAUGUCCCAAGUUGCGUUCAAGAAACCCUACUUUGUUCGAUAAUGUGUUCAGUGCAGUGUACACAGGUCAGCAAGCCCUGUUUGUCGAAUAUUGAGAAUCGCUAUUCUUAGACGGAUUUUAAGAUCAGGCCGGGAGAGACUGAGUUGACCAGGUAUUGGAGCAACAGCUAAACAAGACUAAAGGCCAUUAACACAGCUGUGGUAGAAGCGAUGAGGCAUCGCAAAUGGCAAGGGGAACAUGAAGCGGUGAACAAGCAUCGAAGUGUCAAGAUUUGCAGUCAAAUAUCAGCACUGCAAUCAACUAUCUGCAGAUCCCGUUAUCUUACUCAUAACAAGGUAUGAAUUAUUUGCCAGAGUUUUAUGUUUGUCAACUUCUUAACUACGACUGUAUCUCAGUGGAAUAAUCUCUUUCGUGCUCAAAAUUAACAAUCACCAAAUGCAAAUCCAGGUAAUAGUCACUUAAAGAAAAACAAGGUCAAACUUUCGGUCAUUGAUCCUUUUUAUGUUCGUGGAUAUCAGACAAACGUGUGCAUUGAAGCUCACUUUAGGUCACUCUUUGUCUGUGCCCCAGACCUUUCUUAUGACUACAGAUAUUGGUAAACCACGGGCCACAAGAUAUCAAGCUACUGUGUAAAUUUGCAGUUAUUAUUAUCGUAAUGUGUGCUUUUAUGCAUGCUUAAUUAGCUGUCAACUAUUGUUUCCCAAUCGCGGGAAAGCGCGGCCCAAUUGGAUGAGCUAAAGGAUCUCCUGGCGGCUAGGGACAAACAGGUCGCCGAACUACGGAGGACAACAAACCGCCUCACAGAGGAGCUCCAACAGUUUAAAGAGGCCGACCGGGAGGCAGAAAAUGCCAUCGUGGUAAUGCCUUUGUAUUUGUCCUAACCUUUGCCUCCUUCCUUCAGAAGUGAUUAAAUCUGAGCGGUGUUAUAACCAGUUGAUGCCCACUACACAGGAUUUUGUUAUAAACCAUGUAGAAUUGUCCAUCAUUAAAGCCACCUGGAUUUCCAAAUAGUCGUAUAAGUCACGUUUGAUGAGAGGGCAAAGUUACGUGUUCAUAACCACCUCCAAAGCUGCACUGCCACAUAUAUAUGAAAACGAAUAUGCGAGUCCUCGGUUCAUGUUGCAAAGAAGGUGAACGCGCGAUCACUGGGACAGUACGGGCAUUAGUCCGGGUUCUUGCUCUUAUACAGAAGGCCAUCCUCAGAGACAGUGAGAAUGCGGCGUCAAAGGAGCAGUUUUGUAGUCAAACAAAGAAGGUGGAAUAUGAGUGCAGGGGGUGGUGUUCGCGAUAAGACUGCGUCCAUGCCGUCUUACGACGGUGUAAUUGCGUGUAUCCUCGGCUGGGAAUUGGGUCUUGCCUCUUUGCCGCGGGGGGGGAGCGCAUGAUAGCAGGGUGGUAUAUCAACGUGUCUGUUGAUGUGGUUGGUGGCAGACACCCGGGCCUCCAGCAGUUCUCGCUCCCUCUUAUUGCUGGCUCUCGCCAUUACCCACGUGUUCGCGAAGUUGAAUUCGAAGGCGACUUUCUUCAGCCCUUGUAAGGCUAGUUCGACCAAUAAGAACUUGCGUUUUGGCACCGGUACUUAGAUGACAAGUUCGUUAUAAUUGAAAGGAGUAGACUAGCAGACUUUCAAGACCUUCUUAUCGGCAUCUUCCUCGACAUUCAGUUCAUAAGGGAAGAACAGAAUCCCCCUUCGUGGCUGGACUACAAAACUGAUCAUUUGAUGCCGCAUUCUCACUGUCUCUGAGGAUGGCCUUCUGUACAAGACCGAGAGCUUCGAGUAAUUCCUGCACUGUCCCAAUGAUCGCGCGUUCAUCUUCUUUGCAACAUAUGUAUAUAUAAUGAUAGAGGUGUGCUCACCCAUCGUGUUAUAGCACUUAAUCCCUCCGUUAUGCCUUAGAACGUUUUCUCGGGUACAACCAGCAGGCGCACAGCGGCGUAUAAUGCAGGCAGAAUGGCAUUAUGGACAACGACAGGGGAGAUUGGAAUGGUUGUUUCUGACCUAUCAGCCAUCGUCAGCCAGCCAUGACCAACCCGGAGGUAUAUAACACCUGGGAAUCGAGCCGAGGGAAAGGCGAAAUAAGACUGACGCGCAUUGGCGAAGGCUUCAGUCAACUACAAAAUCACUUGUUCGACACGGCUUCAUAGUUGACUGUUUUUGUACAUAACCCAGAAAUAUGACGACGAGCUGAGGAACCAGUCUCGAAAAUUUACGCAAUAAGGACAGACAACGACAAACAGACAGCUGAUGCGUGAGAGGGGGGUGGGCACCGAGUUAUGGUAGGCUGUGGGGCAGGGGGGAGGGAAGAGAGAACCAUUAGGGCUCCCUGUGUUGGAGGUGGAGAACGCGCGGGGGGAUUGCGAAUCAGUGGGAAUGCGGGCGGCUGGUCACUGAUGCGGGAUGAGGUCAGGGGACAAUGCGCCGGCGUUGGAGGUGUUAGGGACGUUUCGGUUGUUGUUCACCGUGUCGCAAGGGGGGGGGGGGCGGAAUGGCGGAACAGCAUACGUCUAUGUGGCCGAGUGGGGGUUAGCAGUUGUUGAGGUGUGGGAACAAGACAGUGAGCGUAUACGUAAGCCCUCGUAGUGAGCGUCUAGAUCGACGUGGCGGCUGAUGCUGGUCGUGCCAGAAUGCCAAGCUUCGAGGAAUUCUCGAGCCUGUCUGGUGUUAGCCCUUGAAAUCACUUCAGUACCGUCCCAAUUGAAGUGGUGGUCACGCUCAAGGGCAUACGCAAACACGAGAAACAGAGGGUCACGUCGGCAGAGGGCUAACUUGUGCUCGUUAAUGCGAGUCCCAAGACAUCGGCCUGUGUGGCCAAUAAAAACACAAGGGCACUUGGCGCAUGCGAUACGGUAGAUGACGUUAGUUAUUUCUUCUUUGGGAACCGGGUCCUUUACUCGGCAUAAUGCCUCGCGUAGGGAGAUGCCAAAGUGUUUUACUUGUCGAGAGAGUGUUUCAGAAAUUCCCUGAAUUUACGGCAGUGAAUAGAAUUUCCGCGACACUCUAUCUCCAUUAGACUCGGGGUUGGUGGUUGUCUCUGGCGUCUGCGACAGUUCUUUACAUUCUGGCACGACCAGCAUCAGCCGCCACGUCGAUCUAGACGCUCACGACGAGGGCUUACGUAUACGCUCACUGUCUUGUUCCCACACCUCAACAACUGCUAACCCCCACUCGGCCACAUAGACGUAUGCUGUUCCGCCAUUCCGCCCCCCCCCCUUGCGACACGGUGAACAACAACCGAAACGUCCCUAACACCUCCAACGCCGGCGCAUUGUCCCCUGACCUCAUCCCGCAUCAGUGACCAGCCGCCCGCAUUCCCACUGAUUCGCAAUCCCCCCGCGUGUUCUCCACCUCCAACACAGGGAGCCCUAAUGGUUCUCUCUUCCCUCCCCCCUGCCCCACAGCCUACCAUAACUCGGUGCCCACCCCCCUCUCACGCAUCAGCUGUCUGUUUGUCGUUGUCUGUCCUGUCGCGCCAGCCGACCUAGUCUGCCGAUUUUCACUUUCCCCUAUGUUCAUUUCGUCUGACGACGGGUCGGUGUCACCGACUUGAAAACUUACGAGUACAACUAGAUUUUACGAAGAACCUUCUCUUUUUUAUUAUAUUAUCUUGGAAUGCACAGUACAUCCUUUACUCAAUAUAUAUAUUCCGAAUGACAUAUAUAACUGAGGUAAUGUUCAUUCCGAGAUGAUAUGACGAAGGGAGAAUGCUCCUCCGAAAAAUUUGAACUCACGAAUUGUCGAGUUUGUGCACAAAUGCAUUACGAGCCGCUCUGCGGCUGCUGGUUGGGCUCGAGAGAGAGCCCCAAAGCACAACGUCUAAGUACCGUACCACGAUGAUUAUGCGCUCUUCUUCCAUUAUUUGUAUGUUUUUUGAAGAAAUUGAGUUUCUUGGAAAAGAUAACAAAGUUUGUUUCAUAAAUUUUCGACUCUUGUUCUUCAGGCCGCCCUCAAACGUGAAGCAAGUGUGCCCAACAGUUAAAAUUUAAACAUGCUUAGAAAUUGAUAUUGCUCUUUCAUUCCUGCUAGUCGGCCUUUACUGUAGGCUGGCAUCCCGUUUUGAUUGGCCAUCGCCUCUUCCACUUUUCGUUAACAUUGUUGUACACGGCAUCGAGCAAAAAACUUACUACUGACAACAAAACUUACCGAACGGACUUGAAAUAUUUGCUCAAACUGUUUUCCAGAAUGGGUAUCCUAGAGAUAAUAUACAUCGAUGAAUGAGACGCAAGAAGUGGAAAGACAAAGACAAGGAACUAGACUGAUCCGAUCAAGCGCAAAAGCCAAGAAACAGGCGAACGCUUCUGUAUAUUAAGAAUGUGUCCGAACUGGUUGAAAGACACCGGGGCAAGCACCAAAUGCAGGUGACACACAAACCAAGGACUACACUUCACAACCGACUUGUGCAUCCCAAGGAUAGGAUUGAGUAUUUGAAAAAGAACGACUUCGUUUUUAAGAUACUAUGCGACAACUGUAAUGCAGUUUACUGUGGUCAAACGGGAAAAUGUGCCGCUACACGCAUACACGAACAUCCGUUGGCAGUAAAAAGACGAGACCACUUGUCUCAAGUUGCCUGCAUGCGCUGAAAGCUGGACCUAAAUUUGUUUGUGACAAAACUCGCAUUAUAGGUGUCUGCUCAUCCAAGAAAGGUCGACAAUUUUCGGAGGUCAUGCAUUCCGACAACUCGUGCAUCAAUUGGUCCAUCGAAAUAGGUGCCGUGUUCAAAAAUCUCAAUGAAAAUGGAAGAGCGAUAGCCAAUCAAAACAUGAUGCCAACCUACAGAAAAGGCUAACUAGCAGGAGUGACAGAGCAAUAUCAAUUUCUAAGCAUGUUUAAAUUUUAACUGAUUGGCACACUUGCUUCACGUUUGCGGGCGGCCUGAGGAACUAAAGUCGAAAAUUUAUGAAAUGAACUUUGUCAUCUUUUUCAAGAAACUCAUUUUCUUUAUUUUCUUCAUUUUCAUUUACUUCUUGGGAUGCCCGUUUUCCAAUUCAUAUAUAUAGCAGUGAGGAUGGAAGACAGAUUAUGCAGGCAGAUUAUUACAGCACUGUUUCGGGCUUAUUGGGCUUUCAUUCAGCCAACAAUAACUCUGACCAGCAGCUGUGGCCAGAAACACAAACAUGCGCACAGACACACCUGGCGGAGUUGGUUCACCACUUCAUCGAACCUAAGUUCAUCAGUUCCUCGCCACCUGUCAUUUUCUGCAGUCCCUCCUAGCUGGUUGCCUGUUCGUGACCUUUGCCACCCAUACGCACCUUGUUUACUUUGGGAAGCCAAUAACUCCGUGUGCGCCAAUCCCUGAUUGAAUAUAUAUGCAUGAUUAUGGUAUAUUUUGAAAUUCACGAAUCGCAUGAACCAUAAAUUGAAGUUGAACACGUUCUUUGUGAAAAGUAGGAGACCUUAUUCGGUAUAUUUUCGGUGGUUAUUCCCAGGUUGGCCUCAGGUGUUUACUAAAUAUUAACGGUUUUUCUUUAUUUACUGAACGGCGGACGACGAUCAAAGGAACAAAAGUCAAAAAUCUGCACAACAAAGUUUCCUACUUUUUACAAGGAACAUAUUUGGACGUGAGCAUUGAUGUAUAUAUAUUGGAAGGCAGGCAUUCCAUGAAAUAUGAUUUGAAGUUAAAAACGUCCUUUUGGAAAAAACAGAGAGAUUUGCAAGGCAAGUUUUCGACGCUUAUUCCACAGGUCAUCAUCAGACUUGAGUAAAUGUGCAAAAACAUUUAAAAUCUCAAACGGGCUGAAAAAGCAGUAUUCAUUUGGUGUUUGCGCUAGUAAGUGACUGCAGUGUACACACUUCACUCUGCGUUGAUUGGCUCUCGUCUCUUACACUUUUACCUGAGAUUUCCGUACAUGGCAUCUAAGUCAAUGUGCCGAUUGAUGCAUGAUUCAUCGGAGUGCAUAGCUUCAAGAAGAUCUCGGCCUUUUUUGGUGGGGCAAACUCCGGUGACGCGAGUGUAGUCCCUAUCUUCAGGCACCAGUUUUAAAACAAAAGAAUUCCCAUAAAAUGUUUUUUCCUCAUUUUAUAUUCUGUAAACCAUAACUUAGCUUACAAAAACACAAAAAGUCAGCAGAAAAAGACAUGGUAGAUAAAUGGAGAUCUUUCUCGAUUACGAUUUGAACAGAUGGCCCUAUGUGAAUUCGCGAUUCGCCAUAUUAUUUUUCGUUUUAAGGCGCACUAAAAUAUGAGUUUUAAAAUUCGUCCAGUCUCGCACUAACUUCCACAGAAACCGAAAAACUAAUUUCGUUUGCCCGAGCUAACCUAAGUCGCGGCUCAGUGGCAUGCUUAUGAGUGCCUAUGAGGUUUUUUGAAAAUCAGGCCAGAAGGCUAACAUGCAUGAAGAAUCACCGCAGGUUCAUCCUGCAUCCUAACAAUGCACCUCAAGACAGCUUCAUCAUUACUUUUGGAAUAAAUAUAUUUUUGAUACUGUCGUACUUGCUCAAACUCUUCUCUUGAAAUCCAUGUCUAUUUCCAUGCGUCAAAAAUAGUGGUUGCAUACUUAAUACUCAUGAUAAACGCCUUCUGGCUGCCAAGAGGUAAUUGGAAUUGCAGAUAGAUGGGAUUGUGAAGACUGCUUUGAUUACUAGAGUUCUCAGCUUCUAAGUGGACUGCAUGCGAAAGACAUUGUGUGGAAAAUUGUUUACCUACCUCUAGAAAAGUUCAGUAAGGAUAAGUCACUCCACUUUUUCGCGUUUAGAGAUUACGCAAUGUUCGAUCUCAUGCACUGAGCGGAUUUGCAAACUUAUCCUCCCACCACAUCUCGGUGACUGAUGAGGAGCGAUCAUGACGAGUUUAAGCAUCGCUAGUGCUCUUAGAUACUACCAGGUCUCAGUGCACACAUCUCUGAAUAUCUAGAAAACGCGUCUACACGACAUAGCAUUUUGGUUAAAGCUACCAGCAAUAUGCUGUCUGAAAGGCAAGUACCAAGUCCCAUUGAAUUAUCGCCUAAGUCCGAGUUUGACUAUUCAAGAGCAUUUCAGAGAUACCUUUGACUGUUCUGAGCAUUUGUCUUCCACUACCCCCCGUUCAUGUUGUUCCAAAGAUUAAAAAUACAAUCGUUAUGUCGCUGAAUGUAGGUUGAUUCCGUUGCCAGGUUAACAUCACAGUCCGAUACGCGUGCUGGUGCGGGCAAUGCGAUAUAUGACACGUCACCAUGGUAACUGCCCUUUUAAAGAUGCUUGUCCACCUAGCCCGUGCCUUAGUCUGCACCACUUGUGAAUUUACUAUUGGUCUAUAUAUUGAUAGCAUUUACCUAAAUUACUUUACUAAAUGAACAGCGGAUUCUACAGCUGAGAACUGGACAGAAUCUUAUAAAACAAAAUGUAUGCGCGAACGGAUGUUUCACGGCCUAGCGGUAUUAUGGCGCUUACGAGAUCAGGUAACUGGACAUUUAUAUCAAAAGAUCUCACUGUCUAAAAUACCGGGCUCAUUCCCAGUUAACCGCGAUCAGGAGCAUGGAGCUUGCUUAUGCAGGCCGGUUCUGUGCGUAAAAUUCACUUUUCUGCGGACAUGGUAUUUGCAACAAUGCCUAACCUAUAAGGAUAAUCGCCUAUGCAAAGGUUGAAUCACAUGGUUAAUUAUCCCAGCACCACCGUGCUGCCGAGUUAGAGCUACCCUCAAUUCCUCCCUCUAUGCUAUAUCGCUAGCCGACAAACUCUAAACAACGACCGCGUGAUCUCGUAUGUACGUAUCGGCUUAGAUACCUUUUUGUUUUAUAAUUUUGCUAAAUUGAUAAGAACAUAUUGAAAGCUUGCCUAUGCUUACAGAAUCUUCUCCUGAACUGACCAAUAGGGAUCCUUACAGGAAUCGGCCAAGGUUGAUGAAUGUUGUCAGGUAUCAGACAUACCACUUAAAUAGAGGUGGUAAAGCUGGGUUUGAAUAAAAACCCAAGGUACCAAAAGAAAAGGGAUGGUCAAGGCAGAACACGAAAAGCACAACAAUACAGUCCACUUUUAAUAAUGCUAUCAUGUUUACUCAAAUAAAAGCUAGACUUCACAAGCAAAUCAAAUCAAAUUGGCUAAAGGUGCGUGUUGUUUGAAGACCUCGGAAUUUGAACUUUUACGGGGGAUCAUCAUCAGAUAGGACGCCAGCAACAACACACACGGCAGUUUUAAGGCACUUUGAGCAGCCAGUGGUCAGUGCUAAAGAUCACGAAGCGACUGCGAGGAAUUCUGUUUACGGUCGCAAGACUGAAUUUGCACCAAGCCUAGAACUAUCUCCCACCUCCUGUAAUUAUUUCGGUGGCCUCCAGCUAGGAUUCCAGACCCAUUUCAAUGGCUUGAAAAGUCAUUCCUACAAAUUCGUCACGCCAGCGCCCAGUCAACUUGCUCUUGCAUGCGCGGGAUCCUCGUUCGACCUGAGUUCAGUCACACGCAAGGGCAGGCAAUACCUGAUUAGUGGCCGAGUUCUUAUCUGUUACUGGCCCCAUAACUGUCUGUAUAUGGUGGUUUAUUGUCAGUAUGCAAUCGGUUCUUGUGUAAAUGUCCUCGUUCGCAUCAAGAAUUCCCCAAAAAUACUGCAGAACAUGCUACAUCGUCGAGGGCGUUUCUACUAUGAUCAUUCGGGGACGGACACGUAGGCACCUGAGUAUAAAUGCUUUUUGGCAGUCAUUCUACUUUAAUCAGUCAAAGGGAUAUCGGUCUUUACAGUGGGUGAUUUUCAGGAUUGCUUAAAUGCAUUUGAGGCUCUGUGAGAAUAACCCGCACCGAUUUAUACGUGUCCCACCGAAGGACGACUAUGAAAUCUAAGAGGUUAUAUCAACUCUGCACUCCUGUAACCCAUUUUGUGUUUCAUUGAACAACUGUUGCUUGGUUCUCCCUCUCCACGAGUUGUCUGCCUUAAACCGACAGGAGAUCGGUCGCAGAUUUAGCGCCGUCUACCGUAGCCGGUAAAUGAACUGUUCUUGCAGUUAUCCAGAUCGCACACUUGCGAACACAAUUAAACGAUGCUGUCCGCACCCUCAAACCGGGUCAGGAUUUCAUUUUGUAGUUGUCAAGAUAAGUACUUUUGUUGGAAGCAAGGCAGACCGGUAGUUGGCUGGAUCCUGAACCCCUAGUAAAGACUCCGCCGGCCGUCGUAUUGGCCUCUCAUCCGUAUUGCGGAGACUUACCCAGUUGACGCCGGGUCUGCAUCACUGACCACCGAAUGAUUAAAGUGCUCUCUAGUUGCCAUUUGUUUUGUUCCUACUGCCACAUCUGAUGCCGGACUCCAGUGUAAUGUAACAAGUUUGAAAACUGAACAAAUAAGUGAAGAAAAAGAGUCGAAAACCGGAAUACUGUGUUUAUCGUCCUGAGCUUUCAGACUCGUACAGGAGUCCGUCGUCAGAGGUAGCAGCAGCAGCAGCAGCAGCAGCAGCAGCAGCAGCAGCAGCAGCAGCAGCAGCAGCAGCAGCAGCAGCAGCAGCAGCAGCAGCAAAAGCAACAGCAGCAGCAGCAGCAACGGCAGCAGCAGCAGCAUUAGCAGAACAAGUCACAAUUAUAAGGCAUGUAGGCCAAUCAUCGACCGACGGCGCAAUACUGGAGGUGACUACGCAGGGCUCUGUACGCCGGCGCCAGAGCGAUAAAUCGAUUGACCGAGUUCCCAUCCGAGACUCAGGCUUCAAUCAAUUCUCAGUUUUGUCUCCGGCGUGGGCGACUAUUUUGGUGGCUGCGACGCUAAACUCGUGACCCAUUUCGAAGGUGUGAGCGGCCCAUUGUGAUAAUGCGUCGCCGCGUCGCCACCAGAGAACUCGAACAUCAGCGUCACCGACGAUAUGGCAUUCUCUGCCAUACAUCAAGGGCGUUUCAGAAGCGACCGAGUGCAUUGCUGCGGAGUUAGGUGUUGGAAUUGCGCACCACCCCAAAGCCACCAUGCGCAAUAGGGUCAUGAAAAUCAAAGACCGGUUAAAGCCUAAUUAACAAUCUGGAGUAGUGUAUCGCAUUCCGUGUCAAAAUUGUCCUUGCAACUACACAAGACAGACUGGGUGCCUGCUCAGAUCGCGCAUACACGAACAUAAGCUGGCUGUGCGACGAGGCGACGCAUUAUCACAAGUGGUCGCUCACACCUACGAAAUGGGUCACGAGUUUAACGUCGCAACCACCACAAUAGUCACCCACGCCGGAAACAAGACCGAGAAUUGAUUGAAGCCUGGGCCUCGGAUGGGAACUCGGUCAGUUGAUUUAUCGAUCUAGCGCCGGCAUACAGAGCCCUGCGUAGUCACCUCCAGUAUUGCGCCGUCGGUCGAUGAUUGGCCUACAUGCCUUAUAAUUGUGGCUUGUUCUGCUGCUGCUUCUUCUGCUACUACCUCUGACGAUGGACUCCUGUACGAGUCUGAAAGCUCAGGAAAAUAAACACAGUGUUCCGGUGCUCGACUCUUCUUCUUAACUUAUGCAUAUACCUGGAACUCGAAAUUUCGCCUUCAUUAAUGAAAAAAUGCCUUAUAUGUCCUUCCCGAACCUGCACCUGGAACUUAAUUAAUAAGAGAUUGCAGUGGCAGGACAAACUACCAUUGCGGUGUGAAUUGAUGCGGUCUCCGUUCAUGGUUUGCUUCGAAUUUUUAUUCCACCGAACACACUACCCAACAUCAACACAUGGAUGUUCUCGUUUUCGCAGAUGGCAGACGCGAGUUAAAGGAAACUUUUGAGCAUCGUUUGUUCGGUGUCUAAAAGACAGUCACCAAGACACCUGUACCAGCAUCAUUAGCCUGGUGUCUAAUCCCAUGCGGCAAAUCGCCUUCACACCACCAACAUCCCUGACACUUUCCUCAUGGAAUUUCUGUGACUGCAGUGGUAAAGUGGAGUGGGCUGGCCUUUAAACUGCAAACUAAUUAACUUUGCUCCUGCCUCUUGAUGUUGCUUCAGUAGGGCGCGGGAAUAUGGACCCCCCCCCCUAUUACAGAUGUUCUUGAGCUAAAUUCCAGGGAGUGGGGUUAGGAGGGUUAGUGCCAGGGUCAUGAGGGUUGGAGUUCGGUUAGGGAUAUAGCUAACUCAAGACGCCUUUAGUGCGGGGGUUCUUACCACCGUGCCUAACCCAGGCGGAAAUUACAGCGUUUUGAAUUCGUCCAAAGUUUGUGACCAACUGUGAAUUAGGGUGUUGACUCUUGAGGUUUCCAUCAGGAGUACGCUGAGCCUUUAUUCAGCCUCCAGUUGAGUGCCCGAUCAUUUGUGGGACCAGUGCGACAUUGAAUUAAUAGCAUAACUGUGGUCUACUUGCAGGCUUUGGAGAUUGCACAAUCACGAGAGAAAACGACUCAGGCCCGUGUGGAGACGCUUGAAUCUCAGCUCCAAGACGCACGUCUACAAAUAAUCCGUCUUGAGGAGAAGGCGUUCAAGGAGGAUGGUCGACAAAAGAAAGUCGCGAUGGAGUUAAAUACAAAAUUCAAGUGAGCUUCCUGUCAGAAUACUCUAGGUCUGUCCAUGCCGAGGACAUCACUGUCAAACUUAGUUGUCAGUACCCACCUUUACCGCUCCAUUCACUAUUCCCAGUCGCCUAAUAGUGAAUGCACGGCGCUAUUGUAUAAACUCCUACCUGCCUGGGUUUCUCCCGUCAGGAUUUCGAUGCAUGAGUACCUGUGGAGACAGGUUUGGCCAUACGGACUUGAGAAUACUUUUCAACUUAUGAUGUACUCGAUAAAAAGUUUAAUCGAUGACUACCCUUUCUAAGAGCCGGUGUCAAAGCAGUAUUAGUGGCGUUUGAGCUUGGCGAAAGCCCGACUGAUUGGUCGGUCGUCUGUCCAGCAAUUAACAGGUGUCAGGGCGCGAGCCGCAACUGUCGGUGGCGGACGAAAAUGCGUUCAUUAGGUAGUGAUCACCGCACCUCCGCUCAUGAACAACAGCUCGUGAACCCCGAAACCGUACAAACUCUGAAAGGGCUCCGUAGGGCUGUCUUUUUGAGUCAUAGACUCACUUCGACGAUCACGUCUGCUUGGAACUGCAUACGAUGUAGCAGACCAGCCUGUCUAUGAGGGAAAAUGUAUGUUCUGAAUGAAAGUAUGUUCUCACGAAAUGUUAGCUAGAAGUUUGGAAUGCGUUUUCUAUUAGAAAGGAUUGCAUAAGUGGGCUUAUAAUAAUGACCAUCGUGAAGCAAAGCCUCAAGAGGGUUCAGUAACGUCAGGAUUGCGACAUUUAAAUGUACUUCUUUUCAUUCGCCUGGAAGAAUCGCAGUCAGCAAAAAAUGGCCACAUGAGCAGUAUGAUUCUUCCACCGGCUUCCAAUGUCUUAUUAAAUUCAAAUACAUUUUAGAGAAAAAUGCACUAACUAUGCUCUCCUUUACUCGUUUGAUAACAAAAAACGUCCUGUUCUAAUUUUAUACCCGAUGAAGGGAUAUGUUUGGAUUUUAACAAAAAGGUUUUUAAAUUCCUGAAUGAUUUUGAGACAGAUUUGCUGUUAAACUUUUGUUUGGGAUUUAGAUUAUGAAAGCCUUUUAUUUUCUACGUAAGGAAAAUUACACCUUUAUGCUAGUAAGGACUUAUCAUAUAGGAUUUUACAUGUUUUAAAGUGGAUUUGUUCUGUCUUGUGUACUUCAAACACAGCUUUGAUAAAAAGGCAGAUACGACGUCGUUGGAAUGGAUAUUUUAUGGCAUUAAAAAGUCUCAUAAUUGCAUAUUUUUGAAAAUCGAAAGAUACCAAUUAUUCGAAUAUAAAGUUGGGGAAAUUUUAUGUUACCAAAUGUGCAAAAGAAAGCACAUCUCCGUGCAUGUUUUUUACAGGAUAAACUGGGACUUAUGUGUGAAUUAAAAGUUUAUGGAAAAAUGCAUGCUAGCAAGUGGUCAUUUUUUGCGGAAUGCGAUUUUUGCAGACCGACUAGAAGAUGUGUAUUCAGAAACCGGUAUCCCGGAGUGACUGAAGUAUCAUGGGAUUGUGCAACAAUAUAAUCCAUAUGACAACCCUGGUUAAGUACUUCUUCCUAAGAGAAAACAAAUUUCGGAAUUUCAGUCAAGAUUUCAUGAGAUUGGUCAUUGACUGUAAGUACCCCCCGUAUUACUCGUGAUCUCGAACUAAAUUCAAGGACUGGGGUCUCUGUUAAGAUUAAGGCCACGAGUAAACACACCGUUAAAUUUAGCCUAAGGUCAUCAGCAAUACGGGGAGGGGUACUCAUUCCCAUGGCUUACCUCUUUCUGCAUCGCAAGUGAAUCCAGAUUGAGUGUGCCUGCCGGUACCGCUAUGCGAACUGACCUCCAACCCGUUACGUGGUCCUGGGUUUUGUUGCUGGUGUCGAGGUCAACGGUGCAGAAGGGAUCCGAGGCCUAAUUCGGUCCGGCGAAUACUUCUUAGAUCCUUAUUAAAGAUGAAACAGCGGACAGUUUCCAUCUUGAAGAAGGAGACACGAUCUCUGGGACAAGAGAUUUAUUAGCCUGACGUUUCGGAUUCCUGCUCGAACCCAUCAUCAGAGACAAAGGUAGAUACGUGUGGUUCAUGCACAAGGGGCUGCAGUAUUUAUAGGAUGCAGUCGCCACGCUACCGCAUGCCUAUGAACAUUCACGGCUCCCCCCUUCAUCCGAGAUCGUCGCACUUGGUGUGCUAAUUGUUUGAUGGCCGACUUUCGCGUCGUUAAUUGCUGCAAUUUCAUCACGUGCGUUGGAUGUUAGUAUGAUGAUUGCUCGACCAUCUGACACACCGACACUGGAGUUGGGAAAAGUGUUCACUUAUGCGCUCCCCGCGUGGCUAAUUACUCCGCCUAGGCGAAGUCUCAGCAUCGAGUAUGGAAGGGGAAGGUCAUUUCACUUGUUAAUAGACUGGGGCCAGUAGACCGUGAUUAAAGUAGCUCCCGGCUCACGCGGUUGUCCCCUCCUGCGAGAAUUUCGACCUCGUCGAAUUUAAAUGUGUGGCCGGAUCUCGUCGAAUGAGCCGCAACUUGAGAGCUGGCGUCAUUUCUCCGUACCGCUGCAGCGUGUUCGGCCAUUCUCAUUCGGAGCUGUCUCCCAGUUUCUCCGACGUAGUUGAUUUGUCCGCAACUGCACCAGAUCCUAUAAACGACUCCAGACGUUUCAAGCCGUUGCAGUGGGUCUUUCGGUUUCAUUACCUGACGCCUGAUGGUUGCCUCCGGUCUGUGUGCAACUCCAACCCCAAGUGGUGCGAGAAGGCGUCCGAGAGCUUCCGAGACGUUCUUGACAUACGAAAGCGCUCGCCAACAUUUGUUGUCCGUGCGGUUAGGCCUUUCGUCCCCUUUGCGUAUGCACCGGUUGAUGAAGUUGCGCGGGUAGCCAUUGGCUUUGAAGACCCGUCGGAGGCAUUGUAGCUCAGCAAUUUUGUUCGACGGGUUCGAGCAGGAAUCUGAAACGUCAGGCUAAUAAAGCUCUUGUCCCAGCGAUCGUGUAUCCCUCAAGACUACUUCCUUGGACUCGUCUCUUCGCUUCUAUUGGCAGGUUCCAUCUUGUUGCUCGUGUUUUGACUUCAUAUCCACGGCCACAUUUAGGAUUUGCACUAUGUUCUAAUCUGUCGGGAGCUUACUUUGCGGGUUUCGCUUUCUUAAAAUCUCUGCAAUACCUCAAAUCUCUCUGAAACUAGCUGUUCACCGAGAAUAAUUGAAAACCAUGAGGACACGGGAGUAUCGGUUGACCUAAUGAUGUCAUGGAGAUGCGUCCUUUUGUUAUUUUACAGCAACUGACUAACUGUAUAUUAUUAGGUCAAAGACUAUCCUGUAUUAUUGUCAGUUGAGUUUCGCUGGAGCCUCUCAAAGUUCUUAAGCUGGUCAUGGAUUGCGGUAAGCAAAGGUGGCAGACGAGUACGCCAAGGCGAUUGUGUGUCAGUAUACUUAAAUUAAUGUCUGCCAUGAAAUUGCAACUUUUUACUGAUGACCUUAGUACAAUUAUGUGCUGUCGCUGAAAUUGGAAAAAUACGCCUUUCUAAAACUAAACUUCAAUAAUUACAGCAAAAUUAUAUAUUUUAAGGACAUGCUUCUACUACCUUAUUCCCACUAUCCUAAUUAUCCUUCCAUAGUAUUAUGAAUGCUUGGUAUGUGGUACUGAACAGACUUCACUGCCAAACUAACUCAUACUCACAUAUUGCUGACUUUUGCUAAGAUCCAUUUAUGCCUUGCUGGCACGUAUCCCCGUCCUGGGGUCUUGGGCCAGACUGGGAUGGAUGGGACCACAGCCAACUCCGAGUGGUCGCCAAUAUUUUAUUUUUAGUACAUCUGACUGUUAAUACUGCAAGUUCCUGCACCAUAGAUAGUGUUGGUACGUUCCCUGCGUAGAGCCCCCUAUAGGGUCAGUAGUACAGGUAAAUUACUGGAGUGUUCAUCAGGAAGCAUACGAGGAACGCCGGGGGACCCACUGAUGAACCGGACACCUCGCAGCUGUGCCAUACUGCAGCAGAAUACCGGCGAAACACGCGUUUCUGCACUUUUAGUCAUUGCUUGGGCUGUCAAGUAUGGUAAAUCGUGCAGCAUGAUUAAUUUUCUUCUUGAUUUUUGUAUUCCGAAGAUUGGGAUGGACUGGGCCGUCCGUUGAAGUCCAAGCCGUUGGCCCCGGCGUUCGAUUUCGUCCACACCCAUCCAUGCGCGGCAUUAGUAACCAUUUGUGUUAAGUAUAGGCGGCGAACGACCGUUUGGGCUGGGCCAAGGUCCCAUCCAUCUCAGUUUGACACAGUUCUUAGGACAUGCUGGCAAGAUGUCAAUAAUUUUGAAAAAUUACUCUCUUCAUUCGAGUGGACGACGUGUGGUUUUGCAAAUAAAUAAGCCUAUUCUGCUUUGUUGGUAAUGAUCAAUUUUUAGAAACGUUGUCAAAUUGCGACUUUAGUAAAGGUCUAUUUGUCACUGCUAAGUAUGCCGUCGUGGAAAAGGAGAUAUUAACACACUAUUAAUAGCGUGGCUUCCUAUAUAUUGAUCUCUCAAGUUGCCCUGAAUGACAAGUUUCACUAAUCAUGUCCCAAUUACUGCCGAAUCUCUCCAUUUUAUUGAGUUCAACUGUUAUUAAUUUUACGGAUACUACGAGUGUACAUCUGCGGUCAAAUCUAUUGCACAAGAAAAUUAUGUUUUGUGCACUUGUGCCAGCAGUUUCAUCCAUUACAAGAUCCAACGCAUUGUACGGGUUCGUAAACUUGCCAAACACUGGCAGUUAUUUUCACCAAAGAUCGCACCGCUGACUUUAUUUUGUUUCUCGCCUCCACGCGUUUUGAAAAAUGGAACUGUGGAAAGUCUUACUACUGAUUAUUGCCGGGCAAUCAUUAAAACAAAAUUCGUUCCCCAGUUGGUAUAUCGAAAUUGCAGCGAAGGAAGGCAUCUGCUUCCAUUGAGAUGACCCCUAAACUGGGGGUUCUAUUACCUACAAUAAUUUGCUUAUUUACCGUACAUGCCCAGCUGCAAUGCAUGAGACUCGAGCCACUAUUGCGGAGUAAAGUUAUGUUCACUCAUCCCCUUUCCAUUAAUUCCGUAUUUUUUAUGACUUGUACAAGUCUUCUUCAGCAUUGCGAUGGCCACCUUUCAAACCCAUCGGGAAAAACUUUCAGCAAAACUUGAGUUUCCAGUGAAAUCCUUCCACAACAGCUCUAGUAGUAUUAAUUGAAGCCUCUUCUAUAUGCGUUCAUUUUCUUGUGUUUUGAACCUGUGCGAAUUCGGGUUUUCAUAUCCCCCGGACACGCAUUAGCCGAAAUAGAAUUACAUGUUUCUGUCAGCUCCCGUCUUUCAGCCACUUCCAAUCUCCAUUGCAGACGAACAAUAGCCAAUAUCUUUGCUCAGGGUGGCUGGACCUGUUCAACAAACGACGACAACAUUUUGGAGACCGCCAGACAGCUUGUUGCAAAAUUUCAGUUGAAGUCUGAGGUGAGCAUACACUCAUCUGUGAUGGAUAAAAUAACUUUCUCAGCGAAAAUUGUAGAACGUUCAUGGUCGCCUGUAACAAGUUGGUGCACAUUUUUGAAGCACCAUCGCUUGAUGUGUGCAUAUGAUUUGCAACAUUAAGGUGUUCGCUUAGUGGAACGAGGCUUCAGGUCAAAAAGUCAGUCAAAUCUGUACAUAAAGAACAUUCGCGCUCAUUAGGUGCUACCUAACGCCCCAAUUCCGCCCUAGAACGAAUGCCGGAUUCCGAAUGAUGCGCUUGUUGAAAGCUAAUCGAGACCAGACGCUCUCCGCGCUACGAAAUGUCCAUGUUUUAUUAUUUGUGAUCGUAUCUGUCCACACUGGUUUAUAAAUAUCGUAUCGCCAUUCCGUUAACUAACCAUGAGGUCGCGACAAAGUUGACAGCCACGAGAAUAUUUUGGCCGUAUUUGCGUUAUUCUUAUUUUAAAUUAGUCUUGCCUAAGCAGUUUGAGUGUACAAUUACUUGUCACCAGAUCCAAAGCGUUCCCACUUCACUACCAUGGAAAUAGCACAGAGUUUUGUAAAGCACAUGGCAAGUUAAAGCAGUCUAUCUUCAUUGCCAGCCCUCGUCUGCCAAGAAUUCGCACAUAGGACAAAAAGUGCUUUAUAUCCGACAUGAUACAAUGGCCGAUGUUAGUAAGAAUGCCUAUCUUUUAGUUGAAAUGUAUUGAAAUGUCUUGCUUCUUUCUUUGGUAAAAAUGAACCGCAAUAAUUGUAAUCUAGUUAGCGUCCUUCAGAUAGCAAAUAAUGGUAACCGCAAUCUGGUGGAAACUCAAAACUCGGAGCCAGAAAACGAAAUCCAAAGAUUUAAUUCAUACUGACUGUUCCCUGUUGAUAAGGGCGGGGUAAUGAGUAUCCCAAGUAUUGCAGGUGGCCCUACGCUAGAUUCUGGGAAAGGUUAGGGUUGGGGUUAUGAGGAUUAGCGUUGGGCUGACGUUAUGGCUAGGUUAUCAGUUAGCUUUAGGUGUACAGUUGGGAUACAGGAAAAGGUGCCCCUGGAAUGGAGCGUACUACAAAGACAAAACGUAAAAUGUAGUAGGUGGGAUGCUUAGUCCCACGCCUACUUCUCAUCGUUCCCAACAAUGAUGAAAUUCAGGACCGAACUUGUUGCGUAAAUGAUGGUUGAGGCUCUAAUUGGCAUGCAAGCACAUGCCCAAAUAGGCCAAUUCAGUGCAUGAAGCUAUAAUAUCAGGAAAACAGGUCAGCUGACUGACGAUAUCUGGAUAGGUCUCCCGUUAGCUGUCCUCCGUCCUACAAUUUAUGCGCAAAUGUCCGGUCAGGCCAAUGUGCCACUUGAGGGUGCGGCCACACUGUGGACAGGUUGCGACUGUGUGGGCAUUGCCCCCGGUCAUCUACCUCUCCUGGAGAUGUCAAUAUUCCAAUUACUGCGGGGAUUUUUUGAAAGAGAAGAGGUGCGAUUGAAACAUACUGUCACAUUGUGGGCAACUUUGGGACGGAUUCUAUGAUGACAUUGGUAUUCUGAAGAACAACCGACGAAAUGAGAGUGAUUUCACCACGAUGGAUGCGUGAAUCUCAGACAUGGCGAAUCCGGUGCUUGCACGUGCGCUGGCAGCGCGGGCAGGCUGGUGGGGUUCGGCAGUCGUAGCGCCGAUCUUCGGAAUUCCAGUCUGUCGCAUUUGCAGCUUCCCACUGGUCUGUUGCAUAUGACCGGUCGCCAGGAUCGUUGCUUCUGAUCACCGUGUCGCCAAUUUUCCAGAAGUUUGUUCCAAUCGUCCAUCGUCGUUCUUAAUUAUUUCACUGAGUUUCUCGAGGUGCUCUCACUUCUGAAUAUCUUCAAGUGGAGCACCGGUAGUAACGUCGCCAGAGACAAGUUGUUUCGAUUAACAUCCGUCGUUCUUUUUCAUGGCACGGCCGCCUCAUUAAAGUUUAAUCACCAUCAGCCUUGCGUAAACACCGAGACUACUACUGCUGACUGAGCUCAUGCAAAGGCCGUUCAGUCUUUUUGGUUGGUUUCGGUAAAAUAUCCAGGUCCGGCACCAUAGAGAGGCUCGAUCUAGGCUUAAACCGAGGUUUUACGAAGCAAAUGUCUAAUAGUCCUUGGUAUUUCGGUCGCAAUCUCGCCAGUCUUGAUGCUUCUUGGGAGGAAUUUUCUAAAUAACGAGAAUGGACCCACGGUGGCGCGGCGAAAGUCGUUAGCAAUUAUCGAGGUCUCCGUUUAUUCCACUAUUAGAGCUUAGUGAGGCAUAGCAACCGUUUUCGCCAUGACGAUGUCUAGAUUGCAGUGGACGAGUCCGGAGACGGACAGGUCCAGAUUUCGGUAUACCGCCUCGUUAUUACUGCCGUUGAACAGAAGACUCUUUAUCUCAGCGUUUGAGGUUUUCUUGUGGACCUGCGCGCGGAGGAUGUUGAACAGUUUCUCGCGCAUUCAGCAAUCGAUGUAGAUCCCUUGUGUUGCGUUGCAGUAAACAUGGGACUGAGCAGGACUGGAGAAAACGCACAAACCCUGUUUCACCUCAUUCGCCGAAAUAAGUGAUUUUGAGUUCGACACGCUGUCCGCAACAAUCUUAAGCAUUUUUCUGUGAUGUUGUCUAACCAUCCUCGUGAACCCUUUGGGGCAUCCACAUUUCAUAGUUAACUUACAGAGUCAACUUUGGUUCACGAUUUAAAAGGCUCUGGCGAGCCUUAAGAAAGUGGCGCAGAGGGAGAUUCUUGUCUCUAAGCUUCUCUAGGUCCGGCAUCGUACUGCGACUACCAUGCAUGUUGCUUUACAGUGUUUUCGAAGUUAACAUUCAGUUUCUGAGAGAAGCCCUUUUCCAGGUGUACAGGCGGACAACUGCGAUGUAUGUUUGUAAAUACUUUACUGGCAGUUCUGAGCAGAAAUGCCCUACGAUUAUUAUUGUGGACUUUCUGAUCUCGUUUCCGUUUGCUGAGUUUAAAAAUGACGGUUUUAUCGAAGGCCUAUGAGAGUUAUAUGUAUCUCCGCAUCUGCCUGAACGACAAUAUCGGAUUGUCUAAAAGUCGAGAACUAGCUUGUUUGGCAAAUUAUCUUCGGAGUGGGCUGUCGUUCGAGCUCUUUCACCGGUCGCCUUCUCUUUGUAUGACAGAUUAGGAUAGUUAGCGCGCUUCCGGCGUGGGGAAUUGUUUUGAUUAUCCCUUCGCAGACUGAAGCGAGAUAACUGAGGACACACUGAAGUGGUCGCGACAACCCUCUAGAAGCUGCUAUUUCUUUGACAGUAAAACGGUUCCCUCUGGACUGAGCCCCGAGGAAGGUGCUUCGUGCCGGGUUACGUGGAUUAUCCUAAUGUCUGCAAAAGAAACCCUAAUGGCAUCAUGGUCCAUGCAUAUUUAGGCAGCCUAUUGUUCUUGUGUUAGCCAGCUGUUUUGUAUCGCUCGUGGCAUAGUAUGCCAAAUGGAAUCAGUAAAGGGAGAAUGCCAUAUUAUUCGGGACGGUGUUGUUGUUUGAGUAGGUCCUAUGAAGCACACUUUCACCGGAGACCAUACUCUGGAAUUCUGUCUUGUUUUCAUGCAACCAGUCCUGGUGUCGCCAGGGUGCAGGACCAAGGACAGGUGUGGUGUUGGAAUAAGUGACGCCUCACAGUCUUUUCCGUGGGUUUCCAAAAACGCCUGCCUUUAUUACGUGAACGUCACAAUGGUCUCGCCUCCCGGCGAGCAUGUUGACUAGCGUUUACUAAACCGUUCAGCUCACGCGAUAAAGUACCAUCUUAUCCUUACUCCCACAGCACAUUUACAUAACGCGUCGAUCUGGUCGGGCACGUGCGUACUCAGGGUACUGAUUCUGGCGUAUCGGUUCCCGAGCCCCAAUAUACGCUUGUCGCAUCCACGUCAACUGCAGACGCUGAGCAAGGACAUUCAGUCAUUUCAUGAGCCUAUUCAGCCAUAUGCGCUGUCAUGAAAACCUGCAGUAAAACAGCGCAGACCUCACCUCGCCAUCACGCCUCAUCCUAACAGUUCAUACACGGUACAACAGCCCGCCUCACAACACCCGACGCAUUAAGAGAACAUGCGCCGCCCACAUCAGUGGGGAGCAUGUUCCUUGGCGCAAACCAGUGCCUGACCAGGCCAUGUGUGGUGCAGGUAAGCGGACCGUUGCAGCUCCGCUAGCCACUGCCUCCAAUCCCAGGGUCUUACGACUGACAGAUUUUGACGGCUGACUGGCACAGAGGACAGAGAAGAGACAGUUAAGACAACUCUGAGAAAAUCACUCCCACAGCACAUCCACACAUUCUUCACUAUAUCAAAUCUGUCGCACUUUGAUAGCAUCACAACACGUUCACAGUUUAAGCUUGGAAAACUGCUAGCUGACCGGAUAACUUAGUCCUCGUAAUCAGUACUCUGUGUAUAGGGGGUGGCUGGCCUCAGGGCUGGGAGUGGGGCUCAGUGGCAGCUUCCCAGUGUGGUCUUUAUGGUACUCUCAGGAACAUGAGGCUUGAACCCCACCUCUGGGAAAACCCUGCACAAUUCGCGAGGGCAGGAUCGCGCGUGGCACGCGUAGACAGAUUGUUUCACUUUGUCAGCCACUAUGCUCGUCUUGACAUUGCUUGGCCAUCGUAACAUGCUGAGUAAGGAAGGGGGAGUGCGGCGGCUACAUUGUAAGUCUGCCCCACCAUAAAAUAAUUCACUCAAAAGUCACCCACGCUGCGCCCACCAUGCGGGGCACGUAGUGGACGUCGUCGCUCGCGGCCGUCGGACUCUCACUAGGUAUGUGAGCAAAUGCGUAUUCGCACGCUCUUUUGACUGUUUGAAUGAGGAAGUGUGGUGAUAAUUACAAGCAGCUUGUGUUCUGAACAGAGAAGCGUAAUUGCUCAGAAGAAGAUAAUGCGAUCACAGGAACAAGAAGUUUGUUGGCCUGGAGUUUCCGAUUCUCACUCAGACCCAUCAUCACAGACAGUAGCAGAUAAGGGUGUUGUUGCCGUUGUAGGUGCCUACUCGGUGAUGAUCAGAUCUCUUUCUCAGGUGGCACUGUCCGUGCCUGCUCGUGCACGGAAGUCACUGAGAAAAUUAGCGUGUCCAUCUCAGGCACAAAUACGAGGCAGGUGUGCAGCUUCUCGCAAUGCUUUUAUUUCACAUUCUCCGAGUUUAAUAACCUUGAAGAGAAGCCCCCAAAAUCAAGCCAAAUUCCCACGAAGAAGCAGAAUCCACGAUAUGAUAGGUCGAAUGAGAGGAUAGCUUCCCAAUACUAAGGGAGGGAGGGCGUUCAACUAGGUACCAUUCUUAAUUGCACUGGGCAUCGCCGGUAGAACUGAAAGCCAAGGUCUAUUAUUCUCCAUAUUUCUCUGUAAUAUUCAAAAUGUGGAAACCCUACUAAGGAAUUUUCGUAGUCAAUUACAAUGAGACUAGACUCUCAAAGGUUUAAUAUAACCAGAACUUAGAAGAAGGUGCGAUCGCCGGAAUCAGAAGUUUCUUAGCCCGACGUUUCGGAUUCUCCAACGAAUCUCGCUCGCUGCCAUCGGAACUGUCGGUCUCCCGCGUGCUCCACACGCGACUAAUUCCUCUGCGCAAGCACAAUCUCAGCACUAAAUACGGAGGAGAGAGGCCCGAGAGCUUGUAAAUCGACUGUGGGCCAGAUAACCAUGACUCAGGCCGGGAGCUAUUAAUUAUGCGGAGCGUGUGGUGCCAUGGCAACUGCGCCUCUAAAUACUACACUCCUUGUACCUCCAUCAUCCUUAUUUGCGACUGUCCCUGGUGAUGGGAUCGAAUGAGGCUCGAGGAUGUCAGCCGAGUAAAUUUUUGUUCCAGUGAUUACACGUUCGUCCUUUGAACUGCUACUUGGAAGUCACCUCUACGCUUCUUUCGAUAGCCAGAGCUCUUUAGCAGUACACAUCGUCAAUGUAGGACGACUUUGGGGUGUCUUAGUGUUGUUUAAAGUGGCCAUACGAGUAAAGUUCUGGAUCCCAGCACGCUCACAACCUGUAACUUUUCGUACUUCUAUUUCCUGUGCGUGUUUACCAAGGUAAACCUAUUUUCCAGUCUCACGACCACCUGCGCGGGGAGUGCAAUGCUAAACAGCACAUACACAGGGGAUAAACACUUGCAGUCAAUAGAAUUCUGAGUGCCAGAGACGGUCUGAUUUGUCCACUUUCGCAAAUCCGAUAGGCGGUGAACGACUCCGUCUUACCCAACUGACUUCUAGCCCCGUUUCUUUUAUAUUUUCGUGUGUUACCGCAAUAAGCAUUGUUAUGUUUGAAAAGAAGUAGACGUGAUCGCUGGAACAGGAACUCUAUUUGCCUGGCGUUUCGUAUUCAUGCUUGAACCCAUCAUCAGAUGCAGCAUCAGACACAUGUAAUUCAUACACAAGCUGACAGUAUCUACAGGGUGCAGUCCUUAUGCCAAAAUAACCGACACCCCCUUCAUCGUAUAUUGUUGCCCCCAGUGCGAUACUUGAUUGGCAGCCGGCAUUCGAGUCGUUAAUUGUCACUAUUUCAUCACCCGUCUUAGAUAUUGGCACGAUAAUGCCGCGGCCAUUCGGUUCGCCGACACUGACGCUGGAAACGGUGUUCUCCUGCGCGCUCUCCGCGUGCUUCAUUAUUCUGUCCAGGCUUAUUCUCAGCACCGAAUGUGAAGGGGACAGGUCAUGGCGAUUGUUAAUUGACCGUAGGCUAGUGAGCGCAUCUGUCUCUUCUCAACGGCUUCCCGAGACUCGCACUUUUAUUUUACGGACAAUUGCUUGGAAUAAUUAUACGAACGAAGUCUUUCGGGAAUUUAGUAGCCUACUGCCCUAACCAUAUAUAAUUUAUUCUUUAAGUAAUUUACUAACGCUGUAAUCAUCCGACAAAGUUACAAUUAAACAGAUGUUUUCCCUAUACCUUGCCAAUGGCAUUGGGUAGUAAAAGAACAAUCGAAAACAGUAAGAUUGACUUCAUAACGCUAGGGAAAUUUUAGCCCUUUAAAGCCAUCGCUUUCUUUUACUCAUCAUUCCACCUGGUCCAUAUGUUGCCUGCGUUUUAGAACUGCUCCCGCCUGGAGUCCCGGGUCACCACCCUGAGUGGUCGCAUUGAAGAACUGGAGCGUUGUGUAACCGAGUCCGAGAAGCGCAUUGUGAAACUGAAUCAUGAAAACGCCCUACAGAAGGAGAGACUGAAUAAAACUGAUUCGCACACACACGCCUGCAGCGAACUCACCUCUAUGAACGAGAAGGUGAGCUAAAUUACUUCAUCACAGAUGUCUACACUCUCUUGAACCAAACUUUCCCCCAUAAUAUAACUAGGAAUAUUCAGGCAUAUUCAUGCUUUGAAGGAUUUGCCAUUCGUCAUUAAGCAUCAGUUUGGUUAGAACACCUGCCAGUCAGCAUUCGGAAGAGGUUUCUUUAAGCUUCUUCUAGCACAUUCUUUUUGCAAGCACUUGCGAAGCCGUCUUAAUGUAAAAAUAGUUCCUAAUUCUGCUGAUGUGACGAGUAUUCUAUGUAUUAAUGAUGACUUAGUUCAAAAGCAAACAUGCGGAGUAAAUUGAGUUAGUUACUUUAAGAAAAUGAGAACUUUUAACGAGACGGACACUAGAUUUUUGGAUAUAAAAACUUGCUUCGUAGUGCACAUUUUAGAAAUCUAACGGAUAAUAAUUAGCUACAUGCAAUGUAUGGCAAUGCAAUUGCUGUUUCUGUUUCAAAUACUCAACAGUGACUUGGUUUCCAUUUGCCUGAUGGUGUGCCGAAACUACUGUGUUUCCAUAUCGAUGUUUGUGCCAUCCAGUUGACCCCUCAGAGUAGGCGUUGGAAAAUGAAAGCAAGUUUCAGAAUAUCCCUUAUUUUUAGAACCGCUGAAAUGCUUUAUUUUCAUUCAGUUCAAGGAGUACCUCCAGAGGCUGGCACACUUCCUGUCCAUUGAACCCUUGAUCACAUCGCCAAUGGAGUUAUGCGAGUUACAAGACUUUCUGCUAGGUAAAUUUCAGUAUAUUUUCAAUGAAUUAUCAGACAGAAGAAAAUUAGAGGUGUCAUUUAGAAUGGGGCUUUUUAGUUUAAUUUUUUCCAUCUGCAACUAUUCACAAUUUAAGUUUGAUCACAAAAAUUACCUAUAAAUAUAUUGAGUCACAAAACGCCUGAAACUUGUGAAGCACAAUCAGUGGUCGAUCGUAUGAAAUUCUAACCGUAAUUAUGAAAUGCAUUUCAGAUCGGGAAAGAGUAUCUAAGUGGGAGUGUAAUAUUUAUUAUCAUGCAGCACAAAUCCGAGAUAUCUCAGGCAUGUUUGGACGUUGGCGCACUUUUAUUCGGUCGCUUGCAGAAAGCAUGUUCGGUAAAGUGUCUAUUUAUAUAGUAUGUAUUCACCCAAUAAUCGCCGACGACUCUAAAAAUUCAAAUAUAUUUUUGUAGAAGACGUGUACAAAAACAUCCUCUUACGCAGUUACUUUGUAAAAAGGGUACCUUUUUAGAUUGUGAACCCGAAGAAAGGGUGUCUCUAAGAUAUAAAAGCGGUUUUCAAUUGCCCAAUAAUCUUAAGCCAUGCCUGCCGUUGCAUUUGCGUCUAGGAGUAUUCAGUUCCUAAGCUAUAUACCAAAUACGAUUUUUUCAAUCUGUCGAAAAAAGCGCGUUGGAAACCAAAAUUCUGUUAAACCUAAAUUAUCAUGAGAUUAUGCUGCACGAUAAGAAAUAAUACAACCCUACUUUAGCAAUCUUUCAUAAUCAAAACCGCAUUUCGAAAUUUCAGUUAAAGUUUCGUAGUAUGUGUCACCAUUGAAUGAUUACUGGUUCCGUCCUAUUCUAGCUACAUCUAAGCGACUUAUCGGCCAAGAUCCGAGAUCGCCGUCCCCCUAUUUUUUUCAACUAAAUGAUAAAUACAUGCAGGCUGCGUUACAUUCAUACUGAGAUAUUGCUCAUAGCAUUUUUGUCUAAUUUUCGCGCAAGAGCGCCUGAAACACGUACCCACAACAAGCCAGCAAGACAUCGACGGUGCCUCCCGUCUUCAGCAACGCAUCCAGCGACUUCAAGAUCAACUUGCCAGUAAGGACGUUCAGUUGCAGAUGUGGCGUCAGAAGGCAAACAAGUCAGAGGAAGAGGUAAAUAGCGCACGAAAAAGCGAAACCGAGGCGCUUGAAAAACAGUCCCUAGCUGAACAACGAGCGCUGAAAGCUCACAGGUCGGAGACGGAAGUUAACAAACUGCGCGAUGAGAUUCUGCGAUUGAAGGCCGACUUGAAGGAUAGCACCGAUAUGCAGGUAAUGUGGCUGACUAAAGCCCUCUUUCACGUGCUUAUCGAUCAAACUACUUACCUGUUUACUUAUAAUUUAUAAGUAAUGCUAUUUAUCUGCUCAAGUAGAUUAGAUUAGAAAAGGAAGUAAUGAGAGCCACCGCAAUGGAGGACACCGUCCAACGACUAGAGGACAUACGGCAACGACAAGCCAAUAAAAUCGGCGAGCUGGUGGCCAUUGUUGAGUCUCAACAGGCGGCAACUGCGAGGAGAAUUUUGCAGAGAGAUGAGAGUCACAACGCCCUCUCUGAAGAGAUGCAGGAGAAUUACAAAUUGGUGGAGGAACUGAGGAGGGAAAAUGUGGAUGUAAGUAACGCAGGACACAGCGUUAAUUCACGUUAUCCCCAGAUUCUCAGGCGUCAUUCUAAACACAUUCUUGCUUAUUUCUCUUUUUGCGAAUUUCACCCUGUGGUAGAUUUCCUCCAUUUAAAACGGUUGUCUUAGCUGAUGACCUCAGCACCACCUCGGUUUGCCUCAUCUGCUUUUGCAUCUGAAAUAAAUAGUGAUUGCCCAUUGUUAUAAGCUGUAAAGAUCAAGCUCCGUUACCCGCAGCCUCAACUCACAAUAGCAGUCGGGAUUCAUAGUUAACCAACUUAAAUGGUGGCCUAACCGCUCGAAGCAAAUCCGUUUAAAUCAUAAAAUAACUCCGCCUCCCUCCGUAAUUAUUUCAAUCGCAGUAAAUCCUACGGAACAUGGAUUGUGCGAAAGUCCCAUCAUUUCUCACUACAGCAUUUGAAUAAUGCUCUGCGCUUCAAACAUUCGCCACUAGCAUGUGUAGUAGAACCUAGUGCUGAUACUUAUGAUAAAAUGGUACUUUAUGCGUUAUUAAAUAAUUUGCACCACGUGGAACUACUUUUCGCAAAUUCAUUCUCUGAAAUUUGCGUCCCAGGCUGCCGGUAAACAUGUUGAGUGGGCCCAGAAUGAGUACGAAACUCGCGAGUAUGAGCAAAAUUCCUCGGCGACUGAUAAAUACUUAUAGGGGAGCUGUGAGAACCCGCAAAAACGCAAUGUACCGCGAAAUUUAGAACGCAUGAGUAGCUUGUCCUUUCCCUUACGAGCUGCCCUGCCGUUGCGUUAAACCAAAACCGGUCCACCUUGGCUCUAGCCGGUUUGUUCGGGCCUGGGUGGUUCCAUGUAGUGGUCAACGAAGUUUAGUACGACACACCCGCGGUUAAAUACGCAGUUAGGAUCGUUCUAGCCGACGAAAGUACUGAACAGAGUUGAUAAGCACCGCUCCAAAAGUAGUAAUGGCUUAAACAUGUUAAGAAACGAGUUUAUAAGCAAGAAAACUGCGACGAUGCAGGAAAGGUUGGCGCAUCCCCGGGCGGACGGCUUCAUGUUCCGCCGCGAGUCUGUUCUUGUGGUGUUAUCGAGCGCGCGGUCACCGAUAUUUGAAGCAACCGCGUAUUCAACGAUAUUUCUACUAUAUGAUCACCUGAACGACUGUGUACGCAAGUCCAAUGAAUCAGAACUCAAUUUUCAAAAGGGCUUUGGAGCUGCAUGCGGGCAAUAUCUUCUUAUGACCUGCUAGAACACUGCAGGAAAAUAAACGAACACCAACAGUUUAAAAACACUUCAUCUCUAAAUUAAAGCGAACAAUCUGUCUCAGCAAUGACUCACUCCAAAGGAUUGUCUAAUUCCGUCCGACAGACUUAUCUUACGCGUAAGCUUCUCUUCAAUUCUGGCAUGAUAGUAAACAUGUUAUAUUCAGUGUUGUUUUCAUUAAGUCAAAAACCACUGAACACCUGAACCAUAUAAUAGGAGGCUGAUCUACGUUCACAGUUACACCCUGGAGUUUUCGCUUUCCAACUGCGGCAUUCCAAGUCACCUAAAAUGUUACCACUCGCAAACAUUGUAGAAUCACCCCAUAUGUUUUAAAAAUUUCCUCCGAUCAUGUUGACCGAUUACUUUUUCCAAUUUUCUGGUUUCCGCCUUUUUGUUUUGCGGUCUGUUUGCGCGUAAUUGUACCCUUUCUAUCACAAAUGAUUGGCCAGCCUUGAAACAGUUUGAAUUUUGUAGCUUUUCAAUUCUGAUUGACUGUGGAGCCAUUUGUUAGCAACUCCUAACUGACGAUAGCAAAUAACGGUGGCACUGCAUUAUAUCGUAUUGCAGAAUAAAUACCGGUAGAACACGGGAACUGGUACAUCCCCCGCAAGAGUGUUUGCCUUUUGCCAAAUGUCAGAUGACGCGCCAUUUUCCGUGUUCUAACUUUAACCCGAACCCUACCAUUAAUCCACCUAAACUUGACCCUGCUACUAACCCCAAUCCUUACCCCAAUCGUCCUGGUCCUAGCCCCAACGCUAACCCCCAACCCCCACUCCCUGUGAAGACGCCUGCAAUGCGGAGGUUCUCGUUCCUGUGAUUACCUAAAAAUCAAGCAAAACUUUAGGUCAGAAGAAAAAUGGGCUAGAUCGCAGUUGGCAGCUAGGGCCCGUAUUACAAGCGGGUGGGGGGUUUGUUUACUGGGGCUAUUUUGUGGGGUUUCAUGAUUACAUCUGACCCCUUUGGCUUCCGCUUUACGUUCGAGGUUAGGAUUAGGGUACCGGUUAAUGGUUUCCGAUUUUCCGGUUAGGGUUGUGCCUUUAGGCUUAGGUUUUCGGGUUACGGUUAGGGUUUGAACGUACUAUUAGGUUUCAGUAUUACGGUUGGGUUUUUCAGUUACGGCUAUGUCUAAGGGCUACACUUCCAUUUACGAUUUCGGUCAGGGUUAGGGUUGUCGUUAUGGUUAACGGUUAACGUUUAAGGUUGAGAUUAGGGUUAGGGUUAAGGUUAGGAUUAGGGUUAAGGUGGCCGUCCACUUCCCCAUUUCUGACUACCAACUGCGAUCUAGCCGAAAAAUGAACACCCAUGCCAAAUAAAACUGUUUCCUCAAAACGGAAGAUCGAUAGUUUUGCGAUCGCACUGGCUUCUGGAACUUCAAGAGAAUCUAUAAUGCGGGAAAUCAGGCAACGACAGUCUCAGCUUUCUUUCAUGGCCCCUCUAUCUUGCCGACCAUGUCGCUGCCGCACUUGCUGACUAGGUAUAGGAAAGCACACGCCGUUGGGACGGACUGGUCAUGAUGUGUCUCACUUACUCCCGGCCUCAGUGUCGACGGUCUACCGCGAAAGAAGAGUGCCCUCGUAGUCAGGCCGUUGCACACACGCGGCGUCCGCAGAGGUCGUGAACACGGCAAGUCAUCGCGCAUUAUGUACGACCUCGGCAUGUCAGGCCAACAGGGUCAGACGCGCGUGUGUUGGCCCGAGAUUGAUGCUCCCUUCGUGCUCCAAGGCCGAAAGUAGGAGAUGAGAGGUCGCCUGCACGCCGUCGACACGAGGUAACGCGAUUCACCCCCGCCAGUGAGUCACUCGGUCGCAGGGGUGGGGCGGGGUGGGCGGAGAGGGGGGGGGGAUGGGAUGGCAUGCGCAGGGAUGCGGCCGAGCAAGGAAGACAGGCGUGUAAAUUUUCACCAGCUAAGUGGGAAAACAUGCAGUUUUGAUCGUCACGCGGCCAAUGGUAAAGUAAGACGGUCGGAAAAUGAGGUGUUGUCGCCAAAAAUAUUCUUUAAAUAGCAGAAUUAAGUCUCGUUAUUGCAACCUUCAGUCAGACCAGAGUGGCGAAGGAUAACCCCAGGUAAAUCUGAAUAUGACUGAUGGUAGUCGACAGAACAUGAGACUGUGUUUGAUUUGAUAGUACGUUAAACACGAUGGAUAGUUGGGUUUGCUCAGUCCUGAUUGGCGGGUGGAUGGCUGGCGCAUACGACGAAACGGUCGUUCCUGUUUUUUCCCUGGUUUUAGGCAAUUCCCACUCAUUUGAGGCUUUUCGUUUAUACGCGACGUCUGCUAAAAAAUAGGGAAGAUGACAAGAAUCUUGAGCAAAGCCAAAAUGACGAAAAAGAGCAGGACUCAGUGACCUCGCCGGAUUUCGUGACAUCUUAUUUAAUAGCAAGCGGUCAACGAAUACUGAUAUCGUUGUGUGAAAGCGGCCUGGAAAAGGUCGACUGAGGUGUUCGCUAGGAGACAGGGGAUGUCGGCCAUCCAUCUCAGCAGGCUGAUCAGAGGAAGGGAGGCAUGAUGCUUGAACAGCAGACUGGAGCUCAACGAACGUGCUAGGUAGUAGGUGGCAGGAAAACGUAGUCAUAUGUGUGUGAGAACCUCACCAAAAUGUGUGGAUAGGGGGGAAGAAAAAAUAAAGAACGAAGAGAUCGGGAAAAUGUGAGGUUAACCACGUGUCCAUCUCUUUCAAGUGGCCGAAGUUCCUACUGCAAUAUAGUCAAUGCCCAGCAGCUGCUUUGAGGUAGGUCAUCCUGACACAUUCUCUCUCCUUCUCCAAAGUCAAUUGGACGGCCAGUCCGGAAAACGGCACACAAUCAAAGAGCCUAUGACACAAAUACUGCUCUCUCAAACUAGUUUUCCGAAAUGACAGUGGCAACAUCACAAGAGACAGCGUCGAACGCCUUCCUCACAGAAUGCGCACAUGAAUUAGUUGAUCGUGAGGCAGACUUUCGCUGCGUCUACUGCACUCUCUCCUCCGUCAUUCACCUUGCACAGAUGGCAGAAUAAUGUCAAAACAACCGGAGGUGGGCAUGAGUCAGUGGCUGAAAGAGCUACAGUGCGUGGCCGAUCUAACGAAAUGUUGGCCAAACUUCUGGAAUGAGUGUUCGAUUAAAAAGGAUUACUUAGAUGGAGUUGUAAUACUGAUUAGCAUGCAGCAUUAUCCUAUAAAAUUUUGGAUUUAACAGGAUGUCAACUUUUGAAUGCACUCCUUUUUAAAAUCCUGCGGAAACCACACAGGGCAAAAAAUGACUACUUAAGUAUCAUGCAUUUUUCCUAUUGAUUUUCGGUGGUCUUAUAAAUUUAAUUACAUUUUAUGGAAAACAUGCGCAAAAAUAUGCCUUAUUUACUCCUCUGGUAGAAAUUCACAUUAUCUUCAUAUUUUAUACCCGAAGAAAGUGUAUAUUUAGGUUUCAAAAAAACUUCCCAAUUCCUGAAUAAUUUUGAGCCUGAUCUGCCAUUGCAUUAGCGUUUGCGAUUUCAGUCUGCAAGGUGCAUGCCUUCCGCGUAGAGAAAAUCGUAUAUACCUCUACACCUUCUAGGAGAUAUAUAUAUAAAGUUCAGAAAAUUGCGCGAUGGAUCCGGACUGUGUUGUACAGUUUAUGAGGAGCAUUGGUAAACGGACAUGUGCGGUCCUGUAUGCAUGAACCUUGCACGGUCUUAAAAAUCCCAUAAUUAGAAACUUCUUUAAACCGAAAUAUACACUUUCUUCGGGUAUGAAAUAUGAAGAUAAUGUGAUUUUCUACCAGAGGAGUAAAUACGGCAUAUCUUUGCGCAUGUUUUCCAUAAAAUGUAAUUAAAUUUAUAAGACCACCGAAAAUCAAUAGGAAAAAUGCAUGAUACUUAAGUAGUCAUUUUUUGCCCUGUGUGGUUUCCGCAGGAUUUUAAAAAGGAGUGCAUUCAAAAGUUGACAUCCUGCUGAACCCUAAAUUUUACAGGAUAACGUUGCAUGCUAAUCAGUAUUACAACUCCACCAAAGCAAUCCUUUUUAAUCGAACACGCAUUUCAGAAUUUCGGCCAGCAUUUCGUGAGAUCGGUCACGCACUGCAAGCAGUCCGUCUGCUCGUGCUACACACGACGUAACUCCCCUCCCAAUACACCAGGCUAAAACAAGGACCCCUCGGAAAUCACAUUAGUGAAAAUGCCAUGAAGGCCACGUUAAGAAGAAGCUUUGCAGCCCCACUCUCAGUCCACCAGCUACAUUGGGACAAGGCUAUUCCGUCAGUUGGCAGUCUUUCACACCACACCUCUUGUAACGUUACGAUAGGUCCAGGCACCUCAGAUUUCUUAUAAUUAGAAGUGCGCUGAGUUUCCGCAAGGAUGGAUUCUCCUGUGUCGGUCUCAUUCUUGCUUCCCUCUCCCAUAUCUCGGUCGGCCGUACGAGCAUAUCAAACAGUUGAUGAUGGGAAUUGGCGUAGUAGCCGCCAUGAUGUGAAGGUCUACACACCUAUGGCGUGACGCACAAAAGUGCGGAAGUUGUUAUGGGUUCGAGCGUGCCUUGAGCCACUCUGACCCCGUUUUUGUUUAGGACAUCUGCAGCGCAGCUCGUUGUGGGGACCAGCUUGCUUCCGACGCACAAACAUCUGCACAUAUUCGUUUUGCAUCUAUGCACGAGAACGCCCAUAGGGGCAUUUCAUUGUCUCCUCUGCUUUCAGCACGCGUUUCGUCUGUGGGGUGACUGUGACGUUGGGCACCACUUCCUCAAGUCUCGGUCUGUCAUGGAGGGUGAAAAUGUCGUUUGCAUGUUCGCUAUAAGAUGUGGUUUCUGUUAGGCUUUUUACCAGUCGUAGCUGGGGCCAUGACCAGGGGUUAUUUACAGGAACUGGGCUUAAUAUGCUUCUCGCUGCUAGACUGCCCAUCCGCCAGCAAAGUUGUCCAUUAGAGAGAACCUGCGUGUCCUUGGCCCAAGAAAGCGGUAACGGACAUGAAUGACUUGUUGCGAAACAGGUUUAGAUGAGUGCUCAUGCAUUAUGUCGGCAUGUUACUGAACGGGCUCUGCCUGCCCGUGCAAUGAUACACUUGUAGACUGUCAAAGAAACCGCAAGGGUCUUUUGCUGCAUAUGCGACGAACUGCAACGAAUCAGUUUGAUAUGUUUGCCCAACCGCCAUGUAAGCUUUCUCAGAAGAUAGUUCGUCGUUGGCGAGGUAAAUUUGAGCGGCGUGCCCGUUUUGGUGAAUGUCUGGCAGCUCGGAUAGCUUAGGAACAUGAGUCAGCGGCUCAAAAUAUAGGACCGUUUUACGUGAAUCAAUGGCAAUUCACGUCCUCUUUCACCUGUCACAGAUCACUCGAAAUAAUUGUGCGCAUUCCGACCAGAAAAACGAGCUUAAUUAACUAUCUUGUCAGGAGAGUCGGCAGAAGCUGUUCACUGGAUGACAUCAAGGAAAAGAAUAAGGAAAAUUUCGUGUGUGGAAAAGGGAAACGUUCACACAUAAGUGCACAUAUCCAGGAAGGAAAGGCAAAUUCUAAGCAGAUUGCUAAUGAGAUGAAGAAUUUCCACUGUACCGCCCAUCCAAGACGAUUCACCCGACGAGUUGAUAAAAACAAGACUCUGUCGGACCUUUUCACAUAACUUCCAUAUCGCAAAACGAAUUCUACAAUUAGGGCAAAAAAGCAGGUUGCCACCUCAGACUAUUUUUUCUCGUGCAGCUGCGAUGCAAGUCACACUCGCCGAACAGGACCAGGACGAUAAGCAGCUCUGUGUCCGCCCACCUAAUGCACACGGGGUGUUGACCCAGAGCGAAUGGAGCGUCUCUAGCGUGCCAAAAACUGUCAUAAGUCGUUACGGUUGUUCCUACUGGUCACUGCGAUGGUACAGGUAAUCUGCCAACACAGCCUGUUUCUGCAUGCGCGAGGGAAUUUCGGCCAGAUAUUCCAAUUGGCAUGUUAGCCUACUUUUCCCUGCACCCCUUCCCAUCCUGAGAGCCUUUCUAUCUGCCUGUGCCAAAGGAAUUACUCGUUCGCGUUUUGACAUUCCUACCAUAUGCGAACUAGCCAAUAAUUGCCCCGGCCGAACGCGAAUUCCUGGAAGUAAUAUUUUUUGCCUUAGAAGAGGGCUAAAGAUGCCGAAUGAAAAAGUUUAGGCCUAGCACGUCUCCCGGAACACUUAAACUAAUACGAACUUAACAGAUGUCCUCCGAGCUUGCCAAUUUCGCCGCUUCUUAUGUUUUACUUUGCUGCGUAAGAGGCACUUAUCAGCACGGAUAGGGCACGAUACAGAAAAUAGGUCACAUUAAUUGUUUCUACUUCUGGACUGCACACCCUCCCCACGACCGUAUCUACGUUGAAGGGAAAUGAAUGGUGUCAAAGUUACACUCGCUAUCUGUAAGAGAAAUUUCUUUCAUUGCGAUGGUAGGCAAGAUAAUAACUGCGAAAUUAGGCAUAAUGGAGACCCUGUUCACUAUCAGGGAUACCAUGCAGGGCAUAUUCGGUUCCUAUAAACUCCGCAAGGUUACGCAGUAGUCUUCGUGGUAGAUUGAAAGAGCGGAGACAGUGCCAAUAACUGUUUGUUAGCUAAGUGGCAUAUGCAUGGUUGUUUGCAUGCGCUGUGGUGUAGAUCGUUCCCCUUGCCGCACGAGGGCAGCUGCUAACAACAUGUUCCAUCUUCUAAUGGCAGGGUUGUAUCAGAAUGUCUGAAGAGGAGGCGUACUUCCGUGUCUGAGAAUGCGGCGCCUUGAAAGUGCACUCUAUUUUCCCUCCGCAGCCAAGGUGGAUCUCGCGUAGGCGUCUAAUCCAAAAGUUCGCGUUUGGUAGUACAACUGCAUUCUGACCAUCACUCUAAUAGUCAAAAGUCUCCCAUUUGUCCGCGACGGGACUUCUAGUGGGGGCGUUUUAUUUGAAAUUAACGCUGGUUGUGGAAGUGACGCCUUGCCGACCCGAUUGUGGGAACGAAUAGAUUUGCCCAGUUUCACCUUCGAAGUCAAAACCAGAGCUCUCGAUGACUGACCACGGGAAUAAACAAUCGCUCGUGCAGAAUGGACAAUGACCCAACCUCUGGAGGGUAAGAUGCCGAUUUCUGGCCUAUCUGCAGUCCACGGCCAAUCAUAUUUCAACCUCUAAGUUCGAACGCAGGAGACCAUGAUUAAACAAACGAUCAGCCUAUCGCAGCUUAAAAUGAGAACUUCCAGCAUACAGAUUGGAGGGGGAAUUUUUAUGUAGCAUGAAGCUGUUUGUCGGCCGCAGGGAUGCAUUGGCUUGGACAAAGGGUCCGGCAAAAGCAAAAGUAGUGUUGUCAACCCAAAAUACACCAGCCGCUGAUCUAAGCUUAUAAAGUCGGAGAGUAAAUUUAGAUUUGCUACUUUAUCAUGAAAUUUGACAAUUAACCUGUUUUUUCACACCCUGUCGCAGAGGAACAGUUGAUAAGGUUUACCCUAAAAUAAAUGCUGAAAUCGACUAAAGUACCUAAGCCAUUUUCUGGCCUACAAGUACCUGCAUACUGCUUUCAAACAAACCUAGAGGAAAAGCCCGUCUGAAAGCCGGCUGAAGUAUGUGAGUAAUGGAGUGGUAGAGAUAUAUCCUCCCCACAAGGCGGCCCCUGUAGUUGUUCUAGACCGAAACCCGGACAACUGAUUUUCCUCUGGCAUACGCUAGUCGGGCUGUGCCAAGUUCACGCGUGUCGUCACCCAACGUCGUUCAUGCGCGUACAUGCGUUGGGCAGAAGCUUCGCGCCAUGCCAGCACUGCACGCAAUCACAUUACCAGUCGGCCGAUAUAUCUGAAUGCGAUGACGGUGCACUAAAGGACUUGGAACUAUCAACACAUGUCAACAGUCGUGGUUGAAACAUUACCGGCUGAGUAGACAAUCGUAUCCUCCCUUAGAAAGAGGGUCAGACCGAUCUGUCAUACUUGGGCUUUAUGAUUCCUUGCACUCCGGAACGAUCGGGAUCCGCGUGUGGCAAGAAUAUGAUGGAGGCCUUAUUCGAGCAUUUUUAAGUCACAGAGCGGGUGCUGCAAGUUUAACUCGGAUCCAGCUUGUGCAUAGUUUUCUCGCGACAGGCGGCCAGAGGCUCGUUUAAACUAUAUGCAUACGUUAGCAAUCAUGGCUCGUAAGACUGCCAAUCGUAGUCAGGACUGAAAGUACUUCUAUAAUCACUCCUUCACAAUGUGAAUUUUUGCCACUCGCUCUCGCGGAAUCCGAGAUUUCCUUUACGUCCGGUACAAAGGGAUACAGUUUUCAGGAAUUCAUGUUGAAUGUAGACGAGCCAUUCGUACGCCCACACUCAUUGUCCGUCGCCUUGACUGCCCUGCCGGUAAAAUAAAUUAGGGCUUGUGAAGGAGAAUGCGACAAAUGCUUCGAAAGUUUUUUCCCUAUAAAAAAAUUCCCACACCACUCGUCCCUGCAUCCUCUCUGGGUGAAUUAUGGCUCUCGUCGCUUACGACGGAUGAACUACCCCGUAGUGGUGUACAUCAGUUUAUGCCUCUCCCCAGCAACUUCAAAUAUUGCUUACCAUACUGGUAGGGAGCAAGGCCGUGGCUAAUCAGUAUUGCAUUCAAGUAAAUGCUAACUGUCCUAGAAGACCGGGUACAAUGCUCCGGUCUUCCUGACCCCACUUUGAGGACUAAAUAAUCCAACAGAUCCUUUCCAGUUUCUGCUGUCUUUAUCGGCGGUAGUUAUAGAAAAAAGUGGAAAAGCCUCGCUUUGAGGAACUUGCACGUCGUGGAGGGUUUUUAGAUAGUGAGCAGUACUUUGGAGGACCACAUAUUGUUAACUCUGUUUAUUAUUUUUUGUAGCGGCCGGUUGCAUUAGGAAUGACGCUUGUUUCAUAGUGGACUUUAAUUCUGGUUUGAUUGGAAUCUCACUCCGGUAGAUGUCAAUCAAGCAAAGAGUACGCGACUACGAGGAUCUUGUUUGGGUCAAAGAGUUUUGCGAUCGGGAUUCCUCGUUUGGAGCUUUCUGGAGUUUCUUGGUAGCAAAUUCCUCGGAGUCCGGAGAGAGUGAGCAGUACUGGAAUGGAAUAUGUGCUCCAUUAAUCUACUUGCUUUUUCAUCUGACUCCGUUCGAAGAACUCCAGCCGGCAGUAUCACAUGACAUCUUCCUACCUUAAAAGUUUAAAUCAUUCAAAGUUGCCCAGAUAGAUGGUGAUAGUGGUAUAUUUCAUAGGACAGUUUUCGAAACACGGCUUGAAAGUAGGCCAUAAAGUUUGUAAGUCAGCUUUAAGUUGCAACAUAAAAGGACUUCCACAAGCCUAAAGGUUGAAACCGACAUAACACAUUUUAACGAACAAAUGAGUUGGCGUUCAUGAACUGCUCUUCAGGCAUAUUGGAUACUAGAAAUCUACUUUAGAUUACGAUAAACCAAGUUCUCCAUCGUUAAAGUAAUCAUCCAUUUGUACUGAAAUAUUCGCCUAUUGAAGCCGGCUCGACCAUCGAUGCCUAAUUAUGUGCAGUUGACUAGAAAUGGUUACACGCCGGAUAUGAUUUUGUAAAAUUCAAUCAAAUAAGAUGCUUACUGUUAGCAGAAAACGUGGAUCAGAACUCUGAUACCUAGCGCACAUCGCUGGCUUACGUUUGGCAUAGUUGCGAAGAAAUGUUCCCAAGCAUUUACUGUUUAGCUUCUUGUAGAGCCGCGACGUUAUGCGCUUGCUCGUAAUGUGUUUGUGUUUUCUUCCUUGACGAACGCGAGUAGUCUAAGCACUGUUCUCUUGCAUUCUACUAUUGCAGCUAAACAACUUCCAGAACGUUGUGGGUCGUCUGGUCGGACUACGGGCGGAGAACUUGACCUCACCAAGCCGUGACAUUAUUCAACGCCUGGAGAAGGUGCUACGAUUCGUCAGCUUCGAUGAGAAGGGGAGGCGACGUCCAUCACCCAGCAGUGUCCACUCUGUGCGUUAUGUGUCUCCGAAGGGGUUUGAGUCCGCGCGCAAGAGUCGCCUUACCUACGGUAAGCCUGAAAUAACUCCCAUCGUGUUUCUUUUUAUUAGCGAAUUUGGUCGGAUCUCUUUUCGUAGCCGUACCUGCAGUAGACAAGCACCAGCCUGACCCCUAACCUCUUACUCCUAACCCCAACCCCUAAACUUAAUCGCUACCCCCUAAUCCCAACCCCAGCCCCUAACCCAUAACGCCUAACCUUAACCCUAACCCCCAACCUUAACCCCUAACCCUGACCCCAAAUCACAAACCGAUAAGGCUACGAACUGAUAUCUUGCCGCGAAUUUAAGCAGAUCUUUAGGUUCAUCAUCCAGACCGAGAUAUCAGGUUUAUCUAUUCAGAUUGGCCCUACAUUUGUAAAAUCUUCUACUCAUACACAUCCGUUAGAUUUCCUUUCUUAAUUGCUUACUGCUUGCUUGUUGACCAAGUUCCCGCCGGGGAUCUUCAAAGUAGGCUCCCACUAACUCCGAAACUUUUCGGAUGUAGUUGUCUGAAAGACUAAAGUCGCCUAUUCUGUAGUUAAGAACUGAGACUGCUAAGUCGCUUAAAAUUGGUGCUCUCCCAUUCGCGUUGGCAGGCGUAAUGUACAAAAUAUUUUUUUGAGUUUAAAAACUACUGCUGUGUUGAUCAAUUAACGUUUGUACCGCCCUAACUGUAUGUAAAUAGUACGCGGCUAUUCCGCUAAAGCAGAUGGAUUUCAGUCCAAAUAGUCAUAUCAACUUCCGCACAACGCCUGAAAAGAUUUUUUCCCGAAGGAUAUACUGUGCACUAUGGCUAAGGGAGCUGCCUGGUAAUUUUUACCUACGCGUUUGUUGAGGCGUCUGGGCUACUUCUAACUAAGCAUUUUAGGGUAAGGUGAUACCAUACUAACAGCACAGGUACUAGCCAAAAGCCCAUGCACGCGUGUUUCGCCGAUAUUAUGCCUCUGCAUGGCGCAGCUGCAAGGAGUUCGGCACGUCAGUGGGUCUCCCAGCAUCCCCCUGUGUUUUCUGGUAGAUACUCCAAUUUAGAAAUUGUCGCUUUUGAAUUUCCUCAGAAAUUGUCUACGCACUUGGAGUAGAUCAGUUUAUUCAAGGUCUGUAGGCUCCGACCGAGAAUUUUGUGUAUGAAUAUUUGGGCCGAAGUUCAUCAACCACAAAGGGUAACCUCCUAAUAUUAAUUAACCGCUGACAGGCAGCUAGUAGUAUACUUUAGGGUAAGAUGAUACCAUACUAACAGCACCGGUACUAGCCAAUUUCUAAACUGGAGUAUCUACCAGAAAACGCACGGCAGUUACGCGGUUACCUGUUGUGGUUGAUGGAAUGCGGCCCAAAUAUUCAUGCGUAAAAUUCUCGGUCUGAGCCUACACACUUUGAAUAAACUGACCUACGCCAUACUCGCAGUUAAUUACUGAGGAAAUCAAAAAGCAAUAUUUUCUAAAUUGGGAUAUCUAUUUGAAAGCAGACGGGGAAUGCUGGGGGACCCACUGGCGAGCCGGACCCCUCGCAGCUGUGUCAUGCAGUGACAGAAUAUCGGCGAAACAUGGGUGUCUGGGCUUUUGGUUAGUACCUGUGCUGUUAGUAUGGCAUCACCUGACCCUUAAGUAUACCACUAGCUGCUUUUCGGCAGUUAAUGAAUAUUACGCGAUUACCCUCUGUGGCUGAUGGACUUCGACCCAAAUAUUCAUACGUCAAAUUUCGGGCUGCGUCUAUAGAUCUUAGUAUAAACUGAUCUACUCCAAGUUCGCGAUUAAUUUCUGAGCGAUAAUAUGAAAGUGUUUUAGACAAAAAUUGCGUACGGUAUCAACUUAUGCUGGAGUAUACUACUGGCUGUCUAUCGGCAGUUAAUGAAUAUUACGCGGUUACCAGCUGUUGCUGAUGGACGUCGUUCCAAAUAUUCAUACAUAAAAUUCUCGGUCUGAGCCCAUAGACUUUGAAAAAACUAACCAAUUCCAAGUUCGUAGAUAAUUUCUGAGGAAAUUAAAAGGCUACAAUAACCAAACAUUCAAUGCUUGUAAUGACGUUUGGUCAGAUUUCAUUGUGUCGCACCUGACAGAGCAGGUUUAUCAGACUUACUGAGUGAGUUAACACGUUUUGAAUAGAACGCUUAUUGAUAAACUUUCGUCAGGCCCGUGUGAGCAUGUAUUUCACUGGUAGUAUGCAAGAAGGUAUGACCAGUAAUCUGGCUAUAGGCAGUUUGGGAGAUAAUCCACAGGGUACGUACAUGUGUAUAUGUGAGAUAGCGUGUCCGAAAACAUGUCAGUAGGAUGGUUCUCUGCUCUCUCCUUAUCAGCCAGUCCAAAGGCAACGGAUUAGUCACACCAUUUUGAAAUAUUUCACUAUGCCACAACUGACUAGCAUUAGCUGAAAACCCACGAUGAACUGACUCAAUACUAUGUCGAUUAGAAUAAAUAUUUGUCGCAUAAAAACAGCAGUUUUGAAAGCCUGGUUGUCAGUCCUUUUAUUUGCAGAGUUGGUAGGAGUAUUGUUGUGGAGGAUUGAAUUGGAUGACCUCGCUUCCAUUUGUUCUGAAAAUGUCGCUAUCAUAACUGAUUACAUCGGCAUCGUUUCAUGCGUCAACCAGAGCUCAGGUGACCGUGUACUCCUGUAGUCUGUCAGCAGCAGAACUCCGAAGGAAUUUUAGUUAAUUAGUAAGCCACUUCUGAGGAUCAAACGUCGCAGGACAAGGAUGCAUCCGAAGUCAGCUAACACCUAAUCCAGCUAGAUCCUCUUCAGAGCAAAAUGCCCCGUUCAGUCGUGCGUCGUUUCCUACCUGAACGUUAUCACUGGUUGUCUGUGGUCUUCGAGACAGUCGGAUUAAAAACUGACCAAUCUUCGAAAUCUGGGAGAAUCUCUUCUUGUCCUUGGGACCCGUUCUAUGUUUAGGGAGGUUUUCUUCAGACGUCGUUGUGGCUCAAUAGUGUAGGGCGCGUGAUUGUGUGAUGUAGUUUUCUGUAGUUCCAACUGUAAAAACUGGUAGUGGUUUAAACCCUCUUGGAAGACGGAUCACUUUUUUGUUGUCUGAUCCUUGCACUAAUACAUGCCAAGGCCCAGAAUCCCCUAGGGGUUAGCUUGAGAGGAGUACUUCCUUUAUUGUGUGUUGCCUUUUACUUAUGAGGACAUAGAGACAGUUCUAGUCUGCAUCGUUGCGACGAAAAGGCUGGAGCCAGAGAGCUGGAAGCCUUUGGCUAUGGCAAGACCCAUAAGCAGACUCACAUUACACCUCUUCUCAGAACCUGUCAUUUUGAAAUCAUGUAUGUAGUCUUUGUCGUAGUACGGUCAGAACCCCUCUCCUAACCAGUGCAGAAACCAGGCGUCACCAGAAAUUCCGGUUUUGAGCUACUUCGGGGUGUACAGACGGGCGUACGGUCCAGUUUAUUUUGAAACAGAUGUCAUCGGAGUACCUGACAACUAGGUGUCUCUCCGGCCAUCGGGAUUGGAAGCAUGCAUCAAAAAAAGCGGCUCGAGAACGUAUUAGAGAGCGGUUGAUAAGCAGUCGCAAACGUUGCUUUGAAACUAAACCUGGGUCCUCGAAUGCGCGUCUGUUGCGUCAAUGGGGGUUUCGUAGUGGCUAUCCAUCAAAGUUAUUUGUCGAUGUCAUUCUCCGGAGCCGCUGCGCUUCGAUUAUUCUGAUUAAGAAGUUUGCGUUUUACAAAUGGCGAAUACUGACGUACUGCUACUGGCCGCACAUUGAAGUUCAGUAAGUCCUCACCUGGCAAAAUAACAACCGCAGAAGAAGACAGGGAGAGAGAAGGCAGAAGACAAAAAAUUUAAAUGGUGUCUGCGUCAACGGUUGGUAUUCAUUUUGGGCGCUUUGUUAACUGGAGCUCGCUUUCUUUGAAAACCGCCCUCCCCUCUCAAAAUAUCACAUUCUUUUCCUCUCAAGUUAGAAUUAUGUUCUCCAUUCCCUCUCUGGACACGAAAUUUCUCAGACCGUACCAUUGGUUUAGGACGUGAGGAACUUCAAGCGUCAGCUGUGUGAAACUUACUGUUUGAGAUCCGGACUGCUGGAAAAGAAUUCAGACGGGAAAUGAUUUAAAGUGAUUUAUUUAUUAAGCAAAUUAGACAGACCGGAGGAGAGCGGGCUGCCACAAUUUCACUCACAGCAAUUCCUACCUCCAGUUGGAAAACAACACCCAGGGAGGUCACAUCUUGCUGUGGGUAUUAUUAGAACUUGAAAGUGCAUGCGGACACCGAUAGACCACCCUCUGCGUCCUCUUGGCUCCAGUGAAAAUUACGCUCACAUAUCAUUUAAAUUUCUCUUCUUCGAGGCAAAUGAACCGACGAGACGUUCAGAAGUUCUUUUACCGUGUUAGGUGGGCAUCGCAUUUGUGCCGGAACAUUGGAGAUUACUGUGGCCGGUGGGCGGAAUGGCGCCUAAGCAAAGGUUUCCAGUUCUCCAGCUGUUAAAAUGCAGUACUAGGUGCUCCCAUUGCCCAUCGUGCCUUGCUGCCAAGGCCAUGAAUAACACCGACAGCGCACAGACCGUCCAGCGACUAGUCAGAACCACAUUUUUCGCAAACUGACCGCCCCCUUCCCUUCCUCUCCACCAAUCACCAACAGCCCCGGACCCAUUGGCAGGCUCCGCUCAGUCACCGGAACGCACAUACUCGCUUGCGUUUUCGCCUUACUUUCCACCUCUUCCGCUGCAGUUACGGUGUGUGUGUGUGUGUUUACCGAAUAGAACCCAAUUUGCAACAAAUGUACAUGGAACGUGAAAUAGUUUUACAACUGACGCUAGCCAAUGUGUACACACUCAGAUCUUUUGCUUUCCUAUUUUCUCAAGCCUAGGAACCAGACACUCUUGUAAGCGCGGUAGCCGUGACCGUCUUCCGAAAGGGCAAAAAACGCCAGGGGGAGUUUGGAGAGAGGGCUCGACGGGUUAUAACCCACUAAUGCCAGACGGUCAUCCAAUCAAAGGUUAGGCGCCUCUAGUCGGCUGACCUGAAUUCCGCUGAAUUUCGGGUAGGAUUAUUUGGCCAGCCGCACCCCCGAUGGGCAGGUGGGGAGGGGGGGUAAAGCACCUGCAGCAUCUUCUUUGCAUCGAAUUUUAUGGCUGGCUGCUGCGCUUGAAGACUGAGAAGGAAUUAUGUCGAUACAGUAAAAACGAUUUUCAUAUGAGCGGCUAAUAAAAACGAAAAAAGAGGAAAGGAGAAAACAGAAGCAGUAACAGAGAUCAUGAUCAUGGUGAUGAUUGUGGUUAAUGAUGCAAACAAGGUCAAAAGGUCUGAAAGCGUGUCCUAUGCCAGUAUCAGCAAACUAUAGCCUUUCAGCGUGGUAUGUGCUGGCAAUUCCCUGACGACUGGUUCACCGCCGGUAGAUGCGCCUGCGCUCCAGCUGGGUAUACAGGUGGUGGGCAUGGCUGCCCAGUCAUCCUCCUUCUUCUGACCUCUGUUGGGGUCUUGGUGGCGAAAAAUUCUAAUCAAGUGUGUGUUGUGGACUAGGGGGUGUGGUGGCACGUCUAGGUGCGGGUCCGGCCCUGCCAGCCACCUGCGCCCUCCCCCGCCUCCGGUCUUCUUGACUUUGUCUUGACACCGGGUCCAGGUGAGGGGUGGGGAGGAGAGAGAGUGUGGUAGAUGCUGCAGAAGUCUACUAUUAAUACAAACUAACUCACGCGCAAGUCACUGUGCCUGCUGCACCUAGCCGUGUAGCACACGGUGGGCAUCGUCGGAAUCGAUGGUCGAACUGUCGAAUGAUGAGAAGAAAACGUAAGACCAGAGAGAUCAGCAGGGAGCAAGGACCUAUGAAUGGUUGAUCUGAAGGAGAACUCAGGAAAGUUAUAACGGGCUGUUAAAUCAGAUUCAUCACAUGACAUCGAACCCGCCUACAGAUCCCUGAUAGUCAGAGAGAGAGAUUCAUGCGCGGAUAACGUUCACUGGUCUUGCCUCAUUGUCGGACCCGAUGCAGUUUUUGCGUUCUGCCUCAAAGGUGUGGCCUAAUUACCUCGCAGACGACCACACAAUCACUUCCAGUCAAAGAAAGAAAAGGAGCCUGAAAUAUCAGUCUCAAGCUUGCUGCCCGUUGUUAGUCAGCUACAGCUGUCCGUAUGCACGGUCAUACAGUGAUCAGAAGUCAAUCAACAAAAAACAUUUCCAAUUUGAGAUUGCGGUAUAGUUGGUGGACGAAGGAAAAUAAAGUCAUACUAAUAGUUUCAGCCUUUCCCGUCUUUGUUGUGAAUAUGUGUAGAUGACCUGUGGUUGACCUUCCCCGAUUCAGGGACAAAUAGACAAAAAGUUGUUUCCGGCUUGACAGUUGUGCCUCAAACGACUUAAAUUCAGCCAAAUGCUGACUUGGGAAAUAUACUGAGGAACGUAACAUGACAAUAUGAAGCUGUCAUACUUAUUGGACAAUACAUGACGAUGCAAUACGACAAAAUCCAAGGGGGUAUUUACUUGUUUCUGAGUGGCAGUUGUCGUCGUUUCUUCGCAACGAUUUGGCACAGUUUGUUCUCAAUUACGUAGAAGUUUUUCCUAGGAAGGAAGCGUUCGUUAGCUGGGAUCUACCACUUUCUUCCAUUAAAAACAGCGACGCGAGUCUGAAAGUGGGCACCUCCGUAUUUUGAAACUUACAACCUUCUGACUAGGAGACAGAUAACUAUUCCGUGAUUGUGUCUGUAUAUUAAAUUUUUUUGGCCUAGACUCCUUUCAGAUGCACCAUUUAGGCACGUAUUUCGUCAAAAAGUAACGCAUGGGCCCUAUCAGGACCCACUCCCGAUACCGGAACAGUCUUAAGUGCCUAAGAGGUAAGUCAGUAGUUGUGCCCAGCACCAUAGAUUUAGAGGUGUAGUAAUGUGAAUUACGAGUAGCAGAAAAAAAUAAUUUUGAAAGUUCAUUGAGGGCGUAAAUAAGAAUUAAAAACAAUUCAAAGUUUUGCUAUUUUGCGCGGUAGUUGAACAAAACAUAGGCAGAUUAGACGUGAGAUAUCAUCUAAUAAAGCAGAAUGGCAGCAAGACAGCAAGGAUGUCGAAAACUGAAUAAACAUUGUACGACACAAUCGUUAACGACAGUAUUGCUGGGAAGAUUUCACAAAUGGAAAUGAAAGGCGUUGGUAGACGAGGUCUACUAAAAUGAUUGGAAACUGGUGGCACAUUUAAGUAAUGUUCGCACAUGUAAGGUUAAUUGAGGAUGAAUAUUAAUUUUUGGGUUAAAAAAUGUCGUGUUACGGAACUCCAUUGCCAUCUGCGAAGUAGCCAUCUCGUAUGUUGGUGCUUUUGACUAAAGUAAGUAAACGACUACCCUACGUCUCUGUAAACAGCGCCCACACCAAACGACCUGUCUAUAAAGUUGACGUAUCCUGUCAUAUAAAGGGUCAGAAGAGCACACCUCUUCGAUUAUGUCUAUAUGUAUGGUGGAAGAGAGGUCAUCGAUCAGGUUAAGGGCCCCGGGGUUCAAUCCAGAACUCUUUAAGACAUAAGCAGGACGAUUAGUGAUAUAUUCAGGUAGGGUCUUACCGACAAAUACAAAAAAGGACUGGAGUGGACACUUCUAGUUUGUUAGCUGUCCUCAGUCAGUCAUUCCCAACCCCAGGUUUUCGGGGUCCGGGGUUCAAACCUGGUUCUUUGGUCAGUGAGCACUAUUUAGUGUAAUAACAGUCUACACUCAACAUACUCAGUAUAAACCGACAGGACAACGGACCGGCGACCCAAUGUUAGGGGCGGGUUCGAUCCUCAGACCCUGCAAAACGGUAGUCGUUUUCGGCUGGCUGAUGACAACUAACAAACCAGAAAUAGCCACCCCUCUCUCUUGGAUCUGUUAUUAACUCCUUAUCUGUAUAUAUUUAUGUGUAUCUAUUCAAGAGGGAGUGGUCAUACAACGAUCUAUUCGCCAAUGUCCAAGACCUACGCUUAGUGACCUUAACAUGCGUUCUGUAUCCCCCGAAUAGUUCCUCGUGUAGGGCAAAGCAUAGAAGAUUUCAGUCCUUUACCUUCGCGCGUUCCGCAUGAGCCCUGUACACGGGCCGAACGUUAUUAUUCACCGCUUGCUCCUGCAGCCCAGCGGUCGUCUACCGUCUGAGGACACGUCAGAAGUCAUAUACUGUGUCAGGUGUCUAGACUGUCUGGUCGUCUACUGCGGCAUGACCGUCGAAACACCAAAAACACGUGUAGACAAGCAGGAUCUAGCACUUAAGCGAAAAAAUCUGGGAUCACAUAUUGUCUUGCAUAUUCUCGAAAAUUAUCACCAGUUCACUUCUAAUAGUGUACAUAUACUCGGUCGGGCUGAAAGCGAAAUAGGGAGCGAUGCUCCGAGCCUGACGAUCUAACGCCAAAUGCAUACGAAGCCGACAGAUACCAUCGAUUCCGGUCCACCGGAGCUGUUACUUCAUAAACCUGAUAAUGGAGGCGGGGUAAUUUCCGGAAAGUGUGUGCAAAUACAGCGCUGCGUAUGCAAAUCCGACUCUUCUUUAUAUUUUUGCGGAUGAAGGAGGCGAUAAUUUAUUUACAUCUCGAAUUUUCGUUGAAAUAACAAUACUUUCUGAGCUUUUCCGUCUCCUGCGGGAGAGAGGAGGCCUGAUCGCCCAAUAUGAUUUGUAGUUGAAACACGCGCCAAAGAAUCUUCCAGUGGUUUUGUUUUCAGAUGGAUAGUUGGAAUAAUUACAAUUAUUCUAAUCUGACGCCAUUACUUCGAUUCAAAGUUAAGUUUCCGCCUUGGAGGAGAGAAACAAAAACAAAGUACUCUGAAAUAUUUUCCCUAAAUACUACAAUUUUGAUCCUAUCCGGAAUCUGCAAUUUAAAGGCACGUUAAGUACUCGAACAUGACCAAGCGUAGUUACGAAUAAUUCUCCUUUUAGAACUGCCAACUGCAAGUGACACCGAAACGGUCAUUCGAGCAAAGAGGAUACAUUCUACUGAACUGCGACAAUCCCGGAGCAACAAUCACCUUGGGUCAACACGGCUAGACAACUCACCAGAGGCGAAACAAUCAGCACACUCCGCAGAGAGUCCUUGUGUUCCAUCGCCAAGAGAUAGACGAAAGUAUUAG